GCGGCAAUAACAUGACCACCACCUUGCUGCUCGACAGUAAGCGAAUCGAUCAGCAGGCAACUGUAGAAUUCAACAUGGCUGCCUUGCACGGUCGGUAAGGGAGUUAUUUUCAUCUCAGAAGCGGAUAGCUAGCUUUUUCACUAUCUAAAUCCAGAGAUAAAUACAUUUUCGUAGCCUGGGCCUCUCAAGCAGACGCAAUGGCUCAGUGCGUACAGUCGGUGCAGGAGUUCAUCCAGGACUCGUUUGUCCCGAUGGUGGCGGUCCUGUGUAGCGAAGAUGCGGAGAAAGUGACUCGUAAAAACAACCUGAAUUUCUCGGAGCUGCUAAGGCCCUUCUGCCGGUUAACCUCCGAAGGUAAGGGCUUUGACACGCAACAACUUCAGGUUUUUAUGUUAAAGACCAACAAAUUACACAGGGACAUUUUAAACCAAGCUAUGUUUGCGGCAUUGUGUGUUUUGUGUUCACAGUUGUUAACUAGUUUGCAUUAGCAUGAUGUUGUCCUCCUAGCCAACUAAGCUAACGUUAGCCAAUUGCAGUUACCGCCGUCACUUGGCGGCGUCAAGUCAAGUGACAGGAAGGGUGAACCAGCAGUAGCAGACGUGGUGUUGAAACAGGGGCCUUGUCUUGUUUCUUGAAUGUGUCACUCGAUAGGGCCCACUGACACCCGAGAUGUCUGCCAUUGUCGUACGGCUGCAACCGUCUUGGGUGCCUUUGUAGUGUUUUCGGCCUCCUCUGUAGCUCAGUUAGUAGAGUAUGGCGCUUGCAACGCCAGGGUUGUGGGUUCGAUUCCCACGGGGGGCCAGCAUGGAAAAAUUUAUGCACUCACUAACUGUAAGUCGCUCUGGAUAAGAGCGUCUGCUAAAUGACUGACUCAAAUGUAAAAAUGUAGUUAGUUAAAAUUGCUUUCGUUUCAACGCAGCGGGGAAGAGGCCCAAGUCCACUAGGGGUUGGGAAGGACGACUUGGGAGUUAGCUAAGCUUCGCCUGUCAUGCUAAUUUGGCUACCUAAAUUGUUUAGCUGCGACUUGAAGGAAGGGUGUAUAUCUGCUUGUAAGCUAUAUUAGCUAGUUAGCCAAAUUCAGAGGUGCUUAGCCAGCGAACAGCCAGUCAUCUUGUGUGACACUGCCACUGACUGAGCAACGCCCAACAACAACAUUUGACAUAGCUAGUAAGCUCGCUAACUGGCUAAGCAAGCUGGAUUCUGAAACAGAAAUGGCCAUUCAGUUGAACUUGGAUUAAGCAGCCACGAGUAGAUUACGUUUGUAUUCGUAAUUCGGUUUAAUGCUAGUUUACCACUGGCAUUUAAAACGCCAGUUUACUCAUUGUCAGACUGACAAUCCCAAUGUCUUGGUUCCUCACUCAUUAUGUAAACUAGCUAGCUAGCUACCAACCCACAUCCAUCGGUACCAUAUAAUAUCUAUGCAAAGGGCAAGGCCUACCAAUCACAUCUCCAUAUCUAGUGUAUAGUUUUUCUAUGGCUCAAGUGAAAUUGGAAAACCGCUGUGUUUUGGAAUAAACAAGGCUCUAGGUUUUGAUCAUCAGGCUGUGAUAAACUCACUGCCAUAACAGUGUCAUUGCCCUAUCAUAACCCUAGUUGUCUAAUAACAAGUCCUCUCAUAGACACAUUUUACAUUAGAUUAAUGAAAUGUAUAAUAUCCCCAAGAUAAGCAGAGGGGUAGGAAACAAGGAGUGGCAUUCUCACAAAACUCCAGAGAAUAACCUCUUGGUCUGUGUGUUUAACUUCCAGGCACAUUUAAUCUAAUUUCUGGAGGAAUGUGUCCAGAUUGUUGACGGUGCUGACUCGCACAGUGAAGAAGUGCCACAUAGAGCUCCACAGUGGAGUCAUAAUACCCAUAAAACCUAGCGGUCAAACAGGGAAAUUGUUCAUUUUCCACCAUUCCAUUUUUCCCAUAGGGGAUUAUAAAAACACUUAAAAUAAGGACUGUGUUUCAUGUAGACUUACCCUGGCGUGACGUUUUGAUAACCAUGUAAAUCUCUCUCGGGCAAGGUGACUUUCAUCAAUAUAUUCAGCUCUAUUUACUCUGAUUCGAAAAUGCCAAUUAGAAUCAAAGUAGACAUUAUGCAAAACUACAAAUCCCUACAAAUACAAGCUCCUGCAUAUUAUCUCUAGCUGACACCUUUGCUAACAGGUCAGUCAGUGGUGACCCGUCAUUCAGGGCAGGUGGGGCAGAGCAAACAAACUGGGAUGUUUCUGUUUUGCAUGUUAUUUUGGCAUUAAUACAUGUCACAUAUCAGUUUGCAAACAAUGUCAUUUUUAUUUAUUUAUGAGUUAAUAAAGCUACAUACAAACUUGGUCUCUUUUUUGAGUAAGGCAGCCUAGCUCAGUGCUUUCUCUAAUGGUGGGGCAGCCAACGGAAAAUACGGAGCGUAGGGGUUGGUAAUGUUCUCUAGUUGCGUCGUGAUUGGCUCAGUGUUCUGUCGCUCAUGGGUUCACUACGUCACAGCCAAAUCUAAGGGUAGCGCUCGAAAAUUCAAGCCCCUUGGGUGCUGCCAUAGAGUUACAGUGGGGAAAAAAAGUAUUUAGUCAGCCACCAAUUGUGCAAGUUCUCCCACUUAAAAAGAUGAGAGGCCUGUAAUUUUCAUCAUAGGUACACGUCAACUAUGACAGACAAAUUGAGAAAAAAAAAUCCAGAAAAUCACAUUGUAGGAUUUUUAAUGAAUUUAUUUGCAAAUUAUGGUGGAAAAUAAGUAUUUGGUCACCUACAAACAAGCAAGAUUUCUGGCUCUCACAGACCUGUAACUUCUUCUUUAAGAGGCUCCUCUGUCCUCCACUCGUUACCUGUAUUAAUGGCACCUGUUUGAACUUGUUAUCAGUAUAAAAGACACCUGUCCACAACCUCAAACAGUCACACUCCAAACUCCACUAUGGCCAAGACCAAAGAGCUGUCAAAGGACACCAGAAACAAAAUUGUAGACCUGCACCAGGCUGGGAAGACUGAAUCUGCAAUAGGUAAGCAGCUUGGUUUGAAGAAAUCAACUGUGGGAGCAAUUAUUAGGAAAUGGAAGACAUACAAGACCACUGAUAAUCUCCCUCGAUCUGGGGCUCCACGCAAGAUCUCACCCCGUGGGGUCAAAAUGAUCACAAGAACGGUGAGCAAAAAUCCCAGAACCACACGGGGGGACCUAGUGAAUGACCUGCAGAGAGCUGGGACCAAAGUAACAAAGCCUACCAUCAGUAACACACUACGCUGCCAGGGACUCAAAUCCUGCAUUGCCAGACGUGUCCCCCUGCUUAAGCCAGUACAUGUCCAGGCCCGUCUGAUGUUUGCUAGAGUGCAUUUGGAUGAUCCAGAAGAGGAUUGGGAGAAUGUCAUAUGGUCAGAUGAAACCAAAAUAUAACUUUUUGGUAAAAACUCAACUCGUCGUGUUUGGAGGACAAAGAAUGCUGAGUUGCAUCCAAAGAACACCAUACCUACUGUGAAGCAUGGGGGUGGAAACCUCAUGCUUUGGGGCUGUUUUUCUGCAAAGGGACCAGGACGACUGAUCCGUGUAAAGGAAAGAAUGAAUGGGGCCAUGUAUCGUGAGAUUUUGAGUGAAACCUCCUUCCAUCAGCAAGGGCAUUGAAGAUGAAACGUGGCUGGGUCUUUCAGCAUGACAAUGAUCCCAAACACACCGCCCGGGCAACGAAGGAGUGGCUUCGUAAGAAGCAUUUCAAGGUCCUGGAGUGGCCUAGCCAGUCUCCAGAUCUCAACCCCAUAGAAAAUCUUUGGAGGGAAUUGAAAGUCUGUGUUGCCCAGCGACAGCCCCAAAACAUCACUGCUCUAGAGGAGAUCUGCAUGGAGGAAUGGGCCAAAAUACCAGCAACAGUGUGUGAAAACCUUGUGAAGACUUACAGAAAACGUUUGACCUGUGUCAUUGCCAACAAAGGGUAUAUAACAAAGUAUUGAGAAACUUUUGUUAUUGACCAAAUACUUAUUUUCCACCAUAAUUUGCAAAUAAAUUCAUUAAAAAUCCUACAAUGUGAUUUUCAGGAUUUUUUUUUCUCAUUUUGUCUGUCAUAGUUGACGUGUACCUAUGAUGAAAAUUACAGGCCUCUCUCAUCUUUUUAAGUGGGAGAACUUGCACAAUUGGUGGCUGACUAAAUCCUUUUUUUCCCCACUGUACAUUGGAAGUGCCCAUCCAAGAAGGUUGAAGGUCAUUGGCCACAGAUAAAAUGACGUCAAAUCAAGUUAAAUCUACAGCUGCUUUGAUUGGACUGAUCAUGUCAACAUCAUCAUUUCAAAAUCUUAGCUAGCAAGCUAGCAGUCAUCAGCAUGAAUCACGUCGACAAUCUACUGGCAAAUAUUUUUUUAUCCUAGUUAUAUGAAGGUAAGUUAUAGAUCAAACGUAUCGGUGCUCAUUGGCCAUUGGACAUAAACAUUACACAACAAGUUGGAAAUCGCAAAUUCAGCAAUGAGUGGAUGGGAAGGAGUCAGUGGCGAACUGCAAGCAUUGCAAAGCAAUCAUUAGCCUGCUAUUCAGUGGAGUGGGUGUGUGGUCCCAAAUCUGGGUUUAAGGGUCUAUUUUCCAAGCUUAAAAGGAUAAACAUUCAACAUUGGCCAUGGUGUCGAUCCAUCAUGACUUCUGCCGCGCUCAAAACAACUGGGAACUCUGAAAAAAUUUUGCUCCAACUGGGGAAAAUACGUUUUGAACGGUCAUCCAACUUGGAAUUGCAAGUCGGGAACUCGGGCCUCUUUCUAGAGCACCGAACUAAAGAUCACUGAUGUCAUCAUGAUUCAACCUUGCUUUUUUUCAGAAUUCCCAGUUGUCUGGAAAGCACCAUAAAUCCAGAGAAUGCCAGACUUUACAUUUGUAAAUUUUGUAACCUUUUUUUUUAGUCAUUUAGCAGGUGCUCUUAUCCAGAGCGACUUACAGUUAGAGUGCAUACAUUGUCAUACUUGCCCCCUGUGGGAAUCGAACCCACAACCCUGGCGUUGCAAACGCCAUGCUCUAUCAACUGAGCUACACGGGACUGUGUAGCUACUUUGAUGACAAAGUAUGACAAAAUUUGCCCAUAAAGGACCACCGCGCCACCUUUCUGUUCAAGUGAGCACAGCCCAACCAGGUGAGUCAAAAAAUGUAUUGUGUGCUGCAGCAUAAAUUAUGUAAUAUGCCACGGAGAUAUGUAUACUGUAGCUAAAAAAGUAAUACUAAGUGUAUGUUGUGUAGUAAGCUGUUUAGUAGCCCAUAUUCCUCCUUUCAUUGUCUGCUUAUAUGCCCCCUAUAUUUAUCCUACAGUUCUGACUUGGUGUACAGGGAGAAUACUAUAAGAACGGUCCAUGUUCUGAAUUCUGUCGCUGUACAUUUCAUAAGUGCUGAACAAAUAGUUAUAUUGACUACGUCUGUCCUAGCUCGCUCAUUAAUGUCUUAAUUGAAAUUACGGAUUGCCUCUUAGGAUUGCCUCAUCGUCCCCUUAUGCCAUAGUUUGUUCAUCCCAAUUGUCAGUAGAAACCACAUUUGUUUAAGCAAGUCAGCCAUAUCAGCUAUGUUUUUUUUAUAAAGGCAGUAAAUGAGGCUGAAUGAACUGUUUCGCUGCCAGGCAAGGCUCCGCUGAUAGCCAGGUGUAGCAGUGGUAAGGUGUUGGGACUCUGCUGUUUGGACACCGUUUGCCUUAAGGAGACUGUUCGGAUACCGUGUGGGCACCGUUUGCCCUAAGGAGACUGAAAAGAUUUGGCAUGGAUCCUCAGAUCCUCAAAAGGUUCUACAGCUGCACAAUCGAGAGCAUCUUGACUGAUUGCAUCACUGCCUGGUAUGGCAACUGCUCGGCCUCCGACCGCAAGGCACUACAGAGGGUAGUGCGUACGGCCCAGUACAUCACUGGGGCCAAGCUUCUUGCCAUACAGGACCUCUAUACCAGGCGGUGUCAGAGGAUGGCCCUAAAAAUGGUCAAAGACUCCAGCCACCCUAGUCAUAGACUGUUCUCUCUGCUACCACACGGCAAGCGGUACCGGAGCGCCAAGUCUAGGUCCAAAAGGCUUCUAAACAACUUCUACCCCCAAGCCAUAAGACUGCUGAACAUCUAAUGAAAUGGCUACCCCCCCCCCCCCCCAUCCUCUUUUACGCUGCUGCUACUCUCUGUUUAUUAUCUAUGCAUAGUCAUUUUAAUAACUCUACCUACAUGUACAUAUUACCUCAACUAACCGGUGCCCCCGCACAUUGAUUCAGUACCGGUACCCCAUGUAUAUAGCCUCCCUAUUAUUAUUUCUGCUGCUGCUCUUUAAUUAUUUGUUACUUUUAUUUCGUGUUAUUUCAUGUUUUUUGUUUGUUGUUGGUUUUCUUUCUUAAAACUACGCUGUUAAGGGCUUGUGAGUAAGAGUCACUGUAAGGUCUAUACCUGUUGUAUUCGGCGCAUGUGACAAGUACAAUUUGAUUUCAUUUGUCACCGUUAUGGUGCAAUUAAUGUAUUGUUUAGUGUUGUGUAAUGGGUUUGCUGGCAUACAUCUACUUUUUUAUUUAUUUAGUUUUCCCCACCAAGAUUUACAUGCUAAAAUCGCCACUGGUGUCAAUUUAAAACACUGCCCUUAUUUUAAGAGUUUCUGAAAUCCCCUAUGGGGAGAAAUUAAUGGUGGAAUAACGAUUAGAACCAUUUCCCUGUUUGACUGCUAGGUUUUAUGGGUUUCAUGACUCAUACUGUGGUACUCUAUUCGCGCCGGCUGUCGGUUAGACUCAUUUUCUGCUACAUUUGAUAAGCUACUUUUCAUUUAAGUUUCAUUUCGCUAGUCCCUCGAGCCCACUCACUCUAGAAUGAAUGAUAUGCAUCUUCUAUCAUUACAAAGUAGCCUAUGCUUACCUGGCAGAAUGAUAUCAAUAUCGAUGCAAACUCUACCAUCACAUGUGCGCUACAAAAAUACCUCUAAACAGCCUCUUGCUAGGUGCACACUUGAAUUAAAGGGGAACAAAACCUUUUAAUUUCCUUUUCAACAAUGUGGGCUAUUUAUUUCCUUUUUCAAUAAAAUGCAUAAUUUGAAAAACAAACAUUGUGGCAAUUCAUAUCUUGCAGUAAAUAAGACUUAAGAAAAUAGAAAAAAAGAAAAUAACUUUAUUUUGAUGUUCAAAUGUUGGUGGGGUUAAAUGUGGAAUGCCUGAUCAAGUGCACAGCCAACACUUCAUGUCCUUUCAAAGUAAGAGGUCACCCUUCUAACUCCGUUCUAUGAAACUAUGAAUUAAUGUAUUAAUAGUUGCCAAAACCUUGCCACAGUGCCAAAAUAAGGUACGAUUUCUAAAUUUCCGCAUAAUAUUUAGUGUGUAUUGACUUAUGAAUGAACUGCUUUUACUGUGACUGCUCUAUCCUAACUACCGAGCUAACCAUUGUUAAUCUUAUUAAAUGAUGCUAUACAGCCAAAACAACAGUAUAUAUUGCUAGACUAGAGAUAUGCCCUAGCUAUAGUUAGUCAGUGGUUGCACAUCUAACUAGCUGGAAUGAAGCAAGGGUGUGAAUAGUAGACAUGUAAACAUAUCCUUUCACUGUUUACAACAGGUCUCCAGCUACCCAGACCUGUCUGAGAAGCCUGAUAUGGUGCCAUGGGUGUGUCCAGCUUACACCUGUGUAAAUCUGUGUGUCUAUAUAGCAAUGGAAUUCAAUAUCCAACCAAUGCCUCAAGUGUCGUGCUGUAGGUCCACCACACACCCGAAGGGUUUUGGGUUCCUGUCCAGAAACAAUACCCCUAGACACUUGUGGAGAUCUGAGACAAUUGGACAGGUGUAAGCAAUACCGCCAAAAUUCCACCAAGCCUAUCAGAGGUUAAGGUAGCGUUCCCACGAUGUCACCACCAAUCAAUCCCGCUCAGCUCUCCGCAAGUGUCUAGACUCUGGGCAGUAGGGGUUAGGGGUUGUUUCUGGACAGGCCAUGGGUAUUUUGGUAGGUCAGUCUGGCACUGUCAAAAAAUAUUAAUAGCUGUCAUACUUGUUUCCUCUGUCCUUGGGAGAAUCUCAAUUGCAUUUCCAUGAUUCGUUGCAUCCUCUCUCCUCGUCUCCUUCUGAAUGAGAAGGUCAGAGUUCCCUCACCUUAUCCAAUGGGUUUUGAGAAGGAGGCGAGGAGAGAGGAUGUGAGGAAUGAAGGAAAUGCAAUUGAGAUUCUCCCCUUGUUUCCACCGUUCCUCACCUCCCUCUCAAAGCACAUGGGGGAGAGGGAAGGUUCCUCUCUUCAGGCUCCAAUGCACUUUCAAGGGGAGGCAAGGAGUGGAGGAAACAAGGACAGAGGAAGCAAGAAUGUGAUGUCUAGUUUUCUUACACACACACGCUGCUUGAAGAGGUUACUGAUUAUAAUGACAUCAUUAUUGGUUAUUAUUAUUAUUGUCAACAAUUUUGUUGACACAACCCAUUGUAUAAAAUUAUUAUAUCAACUAUUAAAAUAUAUAGAAAUGCUGUUUUAUCUUUUGCAUUCUUCUGGAAGGUUGAGCAUAGCAAUAAAUGAUAGAGAAGUUGACUAAAGCACAAAUAUACCUGGCUACUAGGCAUGGCAAGGAAACAUGCAGUCGGUGUCCAUGUUUCAUGUGACAUUUUGAAUGACAUGUAGAUGUUUUGGUGUUGCUAGGAGUUAUGGCCUCAUUCUGCCUAUCUAGACUCUUAUUCCUUUAACUACACAUGUGAAGCUGCAAGAAAAUCAUAUUUAAAUGUAUGUCAAACCAUUUUGAAAUGUUUACCCUGAUGUCACACAUUUGCCCAUUUAUUGAUAGAAAUACCUAUUUCAGAUGGAGUCAAGGCAUUUAGAAUGUACCGGAGGCCACCGAAAUAGAGCUCCUUCUGCAAAAACAUUGAACGCCCCCUGGACCCCCCUGGGCUUGGGGCACCUGGCUGGCUACUUUUUCUAUUUGCUGGCUACUAUGUUAUUGUGGAAAACACAAGUACCAUAAGAAUACAUGGCCAUUUGCUACUAUAACUGCAUAUGAGCAAAGCCAAAUAUGUAUGUGAAUGCCAAUGUUUUUUUUUUGGGGGGGGGGGCAUAUGUUAGACUCGGUGCAUGCUCAGUUGUCCGGUUGUCCACACUCUUGAUCAUGUUAGCGGUAGGCUAUGUUCUUACUGCAUGAAUUUGUUCACACAGAAGUCAAAAGUAGAUAGGCAUAGGCCCUAAGUGUUGUUUAAUAUUUUAAUUUGAUCUCUCAGUUAGGUUAUGUAAGGGACGCUUAUUUAUCAUUAUAUAGGUCUAGACCUCUUCACUGACUCUCCUUCUCUUCACACAUUAACAUUGACAUUUUAGUCAUUUAGCAUUAACCAAACCAACCACAUCCCCUUCUUCCUUUAUAAAGGAACUGCCCAGUGUUUCCAGAUUUCUAUGAAAGAUGAUCUGUAAUUACUUACAAUAUGAGUGAAAUCCUUCCAAAAAUGUUUAAUUAAUUAUGUUAAGCAGCUUUUGUGUUUGAAUGGGUGUACCCCAACAACAGAAUGGUGGGGCGUAUACUGGUUGUUAAAAAUAUUCAUGCAAGUAGACCACUGAUUGGCCAGCUCAUCCUCUAGACCGCUGGUUGGCCAGCUCAUCCUCCUCAGGAGUAUGACAUCAUACUCUAUGAGGAAAUGGCAAGCAUUUUUGAAAUGUCUGUGUGAGAUACAAGUUUGAGGUGGGGUAUUUGAAGUGUUGUUUUUUUUCUCUCUAUAUUAUUCUUUGGCCACAUGAGUAUAGGACUAGUCAAUAACAUUAUUUGAGUAUGAGUUAACAGAUUAUGAACUUUUUAAAAGUGAUAUUUUCACUGGACAGUUACUUUAAAAUCUGACUGACUACAUAUGUGUUUCAGCGUGUUCGAUGAGAUCAGUUUUAAACAAGAUGUUAUUUUGAGAUGCAAGAUCACUGAUUCUGUACAGUCAAUGUAGUCUAUCUCAAACACACACUUUCUGUCUCGUAGGUCACAUGAGGGACCCCAACAACCAGGUGCAGGUGGUGAAGAACCUUCGUAUCAGCGUCAACAACGUGGUGACACGCCCUUCUGUCCCUGCCUCCGGCAUCCCUGGCCAUGCCCAGCGACGGCUGCUCAGCGAGGUGGUGUCGACAUGCCAACCGGCUGAGGGUGGCGUUUCCAAUGUCAUAACUGCCGGCGACUAUGACCUCAAUAUUAGUGGUGAGUAAAUCGAGAAGAGGGGUGGAGGGUGGGUUUAGAAGCGGGAGUGUGGGCAAGAGAUGGACUGAGUGACAUGGAAGGCCAAAAAAAGAGGUGAUGGAGAGAAUGAAAGGGAGAGAAGACAUGGGGUGCAUUCGAUUAGUUACAGUGCCUUCAGAAAGAAUUCACACCCCUUGACUUUUUCCACAUUUUGUUGUUACAAGGUGGGAUUUAAUUGCCAUUUUUUGUCAACGAUCUACACAAAAUACUCUGUCAAGAUGGAAGAAAAAUUAUAACAUUUGAAAAAAAAGCAAAAAGAAAACACUUCAAAUUGGUUGUUGAUCAUUGCUGGACAACCAUUUUCAUGUCUUGCCAUAGAUUUUCAAGUAGAUUCAAGUCAACUGUAACUCGGCCACUCAGGAACAUUCACUGUCUUCUUGGUAAGCAACUCCCGUCUAGAUUUGGCCAUGUGUUUUAGGUUAUUGUCCUGCUGAAAGGUUAAUUAAUCUCCCAGUGUCUGGUGGAAAGCAGACUGAACCAGGUUUUCCUCUAGGAUUUUUGCCUCUGCUUAGCUCCAUUCCGUUUCUUUUUUUAUCCUGAUAAACUCCCUAGUCCUUAACAAUUACAAGCAUACCUGUAACAUAAUGCAGCCACCACUAUGCUUGAAAAUAUGGAGAGUGGUACUCUAAUGUGUUGUAUUGGAUUUGCCCCAAACAUAACACUUUUAUAUUGAAGAAAAAUGUUAAUUGCUUAGCCACAUUUUUUACCAGUAUUUCUUUAGUGCCUUGUUGCAAAACAGGUUGCAUUUUUUUGAAUAUUUGUAUUCUGUACAGGCUUCCUCUGUUUCACUGUCAAUUAGGUUAGUAUUGUGGCGUAACUACAAUGUUGUUGGUCCAACUUCAGUUUUCUCUUAUCACAGACAUUAAACUCGUAACUAUUUUAAUGUCACCAUUGACCUCAUGGUGAAAUCCCUGAGUGGGUGGUUUCCUUCCUCUCCGGCAACUGAGUUUGGAAGGACGCCUGUAUCUUUUGUAGUGACUGGGUAUAUUGAUACACCAUCCAAAGUGUAAUUAACUUCAGCAUGGUCAAAGGGAUGUUCAAUGUCUACUUUUUAUUUUUUACCAAUCUACCAGUAGAUGCCCUUCUUUGCGAGGCACUGGAAAACCUCCCUGGUUUUUGGUUGAAUCUGUUUGAAGUUCACUGCUCGACUGCGGGACCUUACAGAUAAUUGUAUGUGUGGGGUGCAGAGAUGAGGUAGUCAUUCAAAAAUCAUGUUAAACACUAUUAUUGCACAAAGGGAGUCCAUGCAACUUAUGUGACUUGUUAAGCACAUUUCUUUACUCCUGAACGUAUUCAGGCUUGCCAUAACAAAGGGGUUGAAUACUUAUUAACUCAACAAUUCAGCUUUUAAUAUUUAAUUAAUUAGUAAAAAUGUCAAAAAACAUAAUUCCACUAUGACGUGUGUAGGCAAGAGACAAAAAAAUCUAAAUGUUAGCCAUUUUAAAUUCAGGUUGUAACAACAAAAUGUGAGAAAAGCCAAGGGGUGUGAAUACUUUCUGAAGACACUGUAUGUCAAAUUGUUUUGUGCUGUAUUUGUAGCCCUGGUUGUCCUGAAAAUAAAAUGGUUAAACACUUAAUUUUGAGGCUAAAUAUAAGGGCUGUACAUGCAGAUAAAUGAAAGUCAGAUAAAUGAAAAGCUGAUUUUUGGGAUUGAUAGGGUUAAGUGUUUAUAAAAUAAUUCCCUCAACAUUUCUAUGGUUGUAUUUUGGCUAGGCUACUCUGAAACAAGGUAAGACAUGCUUCAUAAAAUGACAUAAAACGUCCAGUUUUUAAAGAACUUAGUUCAUGGUCAAGUACAUAGUUUCAAAAUGCUGACUGCCUUCACUCAGAUUCAAGGUGGGUGAUGUGCGGUGCGCAACAUGCACGGUCCUUCACUCCAGUCUUGUGACCAUUUUAAUCUGAACGAACCAUGCCUCGAGUAUGUCGACAGAAUCAUGCCUUUUAGACGUUAAUGUUAAUUAUCCUUCAUUAUAUUUUGUCAAGCAUGACUGGCGUUCAGCUAUAAGUCUCAUUAAAGUUUAGCUACAUUUUCUGGCACCUCCCUCAUGUCUGCAUCUUUUUGGACAUGAGGCUGUAGCCAAUAUGCAUAUCACCUACACUUUGACAUGUAGGCUUUUUUAUUUAUGGAGGCCUACAUGAAAAAUUGAUUUGAAUAUUAUUCCAAUGUUGACCUUUGAUCCAAUUCUGAUCUGAGUAUUUGUUUGAAUUUUAUUUAUUUUUUCUUAUCCCGGACAAGCGUUAAUGUCGAGCCCUGGGCUUGUUGUGUUUUCUAUGCAAGAUAAAUAUUCCUCUCGAGGCGCAUUCAAGUUAUGAGUGCCAUAGGGAGGGAAACAUGCAUUCUGACAAGCAGUCAAUGCACAACAAUUCUUGCAAUUGUGGGGGAAACAGUAGUUUUAAAUGCCUUUGUUAAAAAGAGGGUGUUCUCAGCUUUCCAUUCCUACUUUAUUUCUCAACUUCUAAAUAUGCACGAACUGCACUGUUUUAAAUCCAGUUCUUUUUUUUUGCAGCAGCAUGGUUAAUCAUGUUACUGCUCAGCAAUUCACUGUGAGUGCAUAAGGGAGAGUGGGGCUAAAUGUAACAUGAGUCAAUUGUAGGGUAACUUGGGGUAAAACACCACCCUACUAGUGAUGGGAAAAAUUGAUAGUAGAUCGGGAUAUUAUUUUUGACGAUGUAUCGCUUUGACUAUAUUGCUAUAUAUUUUUGCUUGUGCUCCAUCUUUUUAAAUAGGGAUCCAAUUUGUUUUCAGCACUUUUAUUUCAAUGACUGAUAAAGCUCUGUUGUCCCUCUGCAGCAGACAUAUGGUGAGCAAUAUGUUUGGAACAUCGAAUUGCAAUACAUAUAGAAUCGUGACAAUUACAAUACAUAUCGUAUCGGCAUCUAAGUAUUGUGAUAAUAUCGUAUCGUGAGGUACCUGGCAAUUCUCAGCUCUACAUCCUACUUGAAAAUAAUUUAAAGUGACUUACAAAAUUGUGACGAGACAGAUAAAACAUUUUGUUGAACAAGAAUAGUGGCAACCAGGGAAGUGUUGGGGAAAGAUAUGGUGACAUGAAGUGGUUUUUGUGAGAAGUACAGGCAGAGGCGUGCUACCCCAAGUUACACUAACUGGUAGGCCUACAUUAUAUUCACUGUGUUUAUGCAAGUUUUUUGGGACAUAAUUCAUCAGUAUGAUGCUAAAUGGUUAAAAGAUCACAUUUGGGAUCUAGCUGAUGAUUAGCCUAAUAGGGUAAAUGCAGAUAGGCAACCCCAUGCUUCAGCAUAUUUAUUUAUAACCACUAUGCUGCAUCAGUUGGGCUACAGGUGAUAAUGCUUAUUGCUAAUAGCAUACCUUAUAAUACGGGCCUUGCAUGGUCCAAUAUGUUCAAAUAAUUGUACUAAUAUGUUAUUGGACUCAUUUCUGGAAGUAGAAAAUAUAUUUUGGACAGCCUAUCUCCAGGGCUACACAGUGUAAGUGGGGCAAUAUUUUCAUGUUGCACUCCUUUUAGUUCUCAUUAAAUGCUUUCAAUAUUUGUAUAUGUAUUUCUACAGUUUAUAGUUGGUUUGAGGUUUUUAAGUCAUUGAAAUUUGGAGCUAUUGAAAUGUAAAUAUUGUCCCAUGUACAUUGUGUAAUUUCCUAACAACCCCAUAGGGAUAUCCAAAGACAAACCAUAUUUACCACGGCCAUUACAAUCAGGUCGCAUGCUGCCAGCUGUAGGCAGGAUGGAAAUAAACCCAACCCAAGAAAAACUGUUGCGUCGCCUUGAUUCUGUGCCAUAACAUUUUUUCCUAAUCAUCUCGCCAAUCUCCGAUUUGUACGACACUGAUUUUAUGUUCAAAAUUAUCCUAUUUACACUUUGUACUCAAUUUUUGUCACUAGAAUACAUGUUUCUGACUCCUAUCAAUGCCACAUAGGCCAUUUUCAAAAGAAGUUGCUUUUUUUGUCCAGUUGGUCUUUAACUCUUUAAAUGGCACACCAAUAAAAACAUAUCAGAAAUUAUUUUUCUGCUAAAUAUGUUUAUUUAGACUGCGUAUAGGCCAUACAUGAAGAAUUUGUUUGCAUUAUUUAAACUUUGAUAGGUAAUGCAUUGCAAACAUCUCCACGAGCCGGUUGAGUUGCCCAAAAUAUGCACCUGAUGCGAGCCAUUUCAUGUGACAGAGAUGAACAUCACAGUUUGAAACUUAGAGGGAAAAUGUUAAUAUGCAACCACUAGGAUGGGUCGUUAAUAUGACUAGGAUUGUGCCUUUUGGCUUCUGGACAACAAAAUAAAGUUGAUAUGAAAACCAGUGGAACAGGAGAGAAAUGCUGUGAAACUUUUUUGGUUACUAGCUUAGCUGUUAGCUGCUUCGUGCUGCUCCUCUCUCUCCCACUGCUCCCUGCAGCCUGCGUCUGUGAGUUGCCUAGCAACAAGUCUCUGCUCUGGCUUGCUCACUCUGAGUAGAGACCACCAUUAGUUGAUUUUAGAAAGCUACUUUCUAACUCUAUAAACUCACUGUACAUUAUUUUUCGGCAAAAUAAUAAUUCCGGUCCAUCAAUACCGUUUCUGUUUUAUGACUGAGAUUUGUUACAUUCUGACACCAAUUUAAUUCCACGCAAUUAUUCAAAUGACCCUAUAGGCUGAUAAGCAUGACCAGUCAAUUUUAUUUUAGCUACUAACGGUUAACCGUUAACAUCCCUACAAGGAAUAGAAAAAUGCCACAUCUUAGAAACAAUCUGAAUUCACCCAUGGGGAGAAAGACACUCUGGAGGAGAGCAUUGUUUCUGUCUGCAAAAUUAGUGCAGUCAAAGUGAAACUGAGAAGUUGGGCUUGGGCAGCCACAAGCCAUAGCUGACUCUGUUGAAUACACAGUACAACCAAAGAUGUUAUCUGUGGUACAACCUCAGUCCCUUCUAAAUUCCUAUCGCGUCAAAUCAGCCUCAAGUCCAUUGCGCGCUAGAUGGCGCUGUCGAGUGAGAUUAAACAUCAUUGAGCAAGCAAACACUGCUACGAGAGCGCAGAGGAUGAGUGCCGCGAGAGCGAAUACAUUUGGUCGAGAGCGAGCAGAGGGUGUCCCGCAAGCCGGCAGGCCAAACUUAAGAGCUUGCAAGUGUGACUUUGGGUGAGCAGAACAUCAUUGCCGCAGAUCACCUUUGAGUUUCAACAAUUGCUAUUUUUUCUCGAUUGGAUUUCAGGCUGGUGGGGGUGGGCUUAGUUAGCUAGCUAAUUACUUGUUAGCCAGCAACGUUCAUCUGUAAGACAAAGCAGACAGUCUACUCUAGCUAAGAAACACCAUAGUCCACCACUAGCUAAUUGUUUUUCUUCACCUUUCCAGAAAGUGUCUGCUAUGUGUUUGCUUGAUACGAGGGAGUUAACCCCAAUGUAUCAAAUAAUAGGUGGAGUAUGGACAUAAUGUGGCUGUGAUCUAACAAGUUCAUUCAUCAUCCACUAUGGCCUAGCCAUAAUUUAAUAUAGCUAAAUAUAAUGACUCCAUUGUUGGGAAUAACAUGUGGGUACACAAAUAAUAAUUGCAUGAUGAUGAUAACAUUGAAAGGAAGGUCUAGUGGGAUAGUUAAGAGAGAGGUCAGGAAUUGAGAUGAAGGCAGAAUCCAAUAUUUAGGGUAUUAAGCCCAAGGGCACACACAUGGCAUAUGGGGAUUUUGAAUUAUAUGGAGACACGAAGGGGAGAACCUUCUACAUUAACAGUACAUAACCAGUGCCAAAUAAUAGAAUGUAAACUGAAAUUAAUGAUUAACCAGCUAAACCCAGGUUAACAUGUCAUCAUUGUACACACAACAUUCAAAGGAGGACUGAGGACAAAGCACCGCCAUGCAUUCACCAAACAUUUAACUGAGGAAAACAGAUUUCAUUUAAAGUAAUUGUCUGAUUUGGGAACACCAUUGUCUAUCAAAUUACAGUGUCAAAUUAUUUCAUUUUGUCUCAUCAGAUGUUAUCAGCAAGCUAGAGCCAUAUGUGGAAAGAGCACAGAGUAGAUCAAAGAUAUACUGAACAAAAAUAUAAAUGCAGCAUGCAACACAUUCAACGAUUUUACUGAGUUACAGUUCGUAUAAGGAAAUCAGUCCAUUUAAAUAAAUUGGGCCCUAAUCUAUGGAUUUCGCUAUAUGUUCCUGGGCCAAGGAAGGUGAACUCUGGCCACAAGUUUAGUAAUAGUAAAACUAAGACAGAACAGAGGCCUGGAAUCAUCACCUGGUUAAUGAGCUGUAGGAAUGUAAUGUUUAUUGAUGAGGAGGAAUGAGACGAGUCAUGUAGUUCCCCAGACUGUCCUGCAGAGGGCAACAAACACUAAGGAGAGAACAUGGGGGAGAAGGAUGAUGGGAGUGAUUUAGGAAAAAAUAUCAUUUUUUCAAACGGACAAUAACAGCAAAUGUAUAGUGCAAUAUGGGAGUGAUUUACAUGUUGAUUUAUUUUGUUCAUUUCCUCAUUGAUGACCUUUUCCCCUCAUUUUAUUUUCUCUAUUACUCACCUGAACGGUCCUUGGGUAAGUGCCUUCCUACGAUCUCUGACCUCUAACCUACGACGUUACAGAUCAAGCAUAUUUAACAAUGGAAUAUAAAUAUCCAUAAAAGCUUUUAUUUACCUGAAAUUCAGCUCAGAGAAAUGCUCUUUGCAGGACAUUAUUUUUCAGUGUAUCUGAUAUGAAUGUAGCCUAGAGAAAAAUAAUAUUUUAUUGUGCUAAAUUUCUGAAAAGUAAAAAAAAAAAAAAAAGGUUCAUGAAGAUUUGCGGUUGCAUUUUCACACACAAUGAGCUUUGGGUAACGUUGCAGCAACGUUGUUGUGGUGACGCACCACAGAGUGUGUCCCUCUUACGGUCCACUUCCACAAACAUCUUCAAUCACCUCUAUCGCUCCCAUACUAUUAGUGGACCUUGCUUGGGUCAAAAAGCCUCCUCUAACCCUAACCUAAAGUUAAGUCAAUCCAACCAUGGCCCUCCUAUGUCUCCCUUUGACCUAUGAAUGGAGCAUACACAUUGCAUGUUCUGUUGUCAAAUGUUUUUUUGAAAGCUAAACUGGAAGCUAAGCUUGUGAUUUGGGCUAACCUUUUCUCCAAGCUAUCUAUAGGGGCACAUUUGUAGGUUAAAGUGUGAGCCAUGGUAGUGAAAUUGACCUCAGUCUCCUAUAAUGCUGCUCUUCCCUGGUUUUCCCUACAGUGGUCAUUAACUACAAUCUACUAUGUGAGAUAUAUACUAUCUAUGAUGUUGGUACUGUAGAUGAUCUAUGAGUGGUGAACAUUAGUGGGAGCUCCUGUACAGGUAAUGGGAUGUUGCUAAUGCUAGUCCCUGACUCUCUCCCCCCGUCAGAUCGCUCUCUUAAAGCUAGCGUCCCCUGGUACAGUGACUGGAGGGACACGCUAACGGAACUCAGCACCUCCAAGCAUUACACAGGUACCUGUACUCUCACCUCACCUCACCUGGCCCACAGGUGUGUGGGGGAUGGCCCUCCCUCUCUCUUCUCUCCGUUUACAGCUAUCCCUCCCUCCGUUCCGCUCUCUCUCUCCUUAGCAUAGUCCUAACUAUGUAGCAGACUGUCCCUUUCUCCUCUCUAGUCUCUCCGUAGCAGACCCUUGUAGUGAACUCUACCUUCUCUCCUUAUUCUCUGCUCUUUCUCUCACAAGGUAGUAGCUUCAGAUUUCCAUAUCAGGGAUGUGAUUUUUCCUGGUCAAUCAGCAAGUCCUGCUUUUCUGACAUUAUCCUCCACAUAUAAGCCAAAAUCCAUAAUUUCCUGAUUUACUAUGUUGUCCUGAUCACAUCCCUGCAUAUAUUUGUGUACUUUUCCAUAUAAGAAUGUGUACUCUGUACUUUUUGUCUCAGAAAUUGUCUUGUUAUGUGGGUUCAGGAAGUGACUCAGGGCAUUAGAGCUCAUUUUGAUAUAAUCUUGGUAAUGGAACUAUAAUUUCCUUCAUCCUACACCAAAGGGAAGAACAUUGGACUCGUCAUGUGUAAAGUGGGAUAAUUUAGUCAGUGUUCUUCCGUCUCCCAUUUAUAUAUAAUUGGCUUAGGCCUAAAUCUAAAUCCCAGGUUAUUAGAUAUGGUGUCUUUUGUAAGAUAUCUGCAUUCCUGAGACUUGAGGAGCCAGUGUAAAUUGAAACUAUGCUUUCUAUCUUAGGCUGUUUCAGACAGUUUGAUGUCAGGGUGGAGAAUUGUUUAUGUCCUGAACACACUUCCUGUACUCUGAUGACCUUGAUAAUCUCACUUCUCUGGUCUAUCUAUCUAUCAAUCAAUCAGUCAAUCACAUUUAUUUAUACAUUUCCUUUUUUAUGUCUUAAAGUGCCUUACAGUCAUACAAAGGCCCCUAAUUGGCUAUGGCCUAUUGCUUUCUGAGCCGCAUCUCUGGGCACUCUGACUUCCGCCCGGCAGUAACUCUUACUCCAAGUUAAUGGGUUUUCUCUCAAACAAUGAAUUCAAGUUGAUAACAGGGAAUUGGAAUUGAUUCAAAACAGAAGGCUUUAAACAGAUGAAUCCUGACUCUGCUGUGUGUUUCUCAGUUACUGAGAUCACUCACUGACCAGACUGAAGUGAGCUCUCUGAUGCUGUGAGUGACACUCACUCCCUACUCACUCACUCAAGGUUUCCCUUGUAGCUCGUGGCUUUAGUUAGUAGCAUACAGACCUGGGUUCAAAUACUAUUUGGUCAUUUCAAAUACUUUGAUUGUUGCCUGGAGUGCCAGGUGGGCGGUGUUUGCACUUUUGGGACUUUUCUAUUGGUCCCAUUGUGGCAUGCAAGCUCAAUCAAGCACAGCUUAAGUAUUGGAAAUGAUUUUAAAUAGUACUUGAAGCCAGGUCUGUAAGUAGCAUAGAACUCCUGAUCUGUUUGGUUCUCUCUCAAUCAGUAGGCUAUUAACCGGUGGUCCUCUUGAUGACAUACACAUAGCAUUCCUGUUUGUACACACGCGUAGCACAAGUGUUAAAAACACUGACAAUUUGUUGAUGAAAUCCAAUGUUUGUGUAUUUGGUCAUUCUGAGUACACUUGUCACCAAAUUUCUGAACCGUGACACUAACACGUGAGCCAUUCAAAUGGUUUUUGACGUGACGUCAUCUUUGUCUUUACAUUUUUCAAAGACUGAGCACUGGUGGCUUUAGAUAUAAUUUUUCUUGAUGUCCCUGCCAUAAAAUGAUGACUGUAAAUGUAUUACUGCCUAAUCAUCUGGAAAUUGGGCUGGGAACCCAGAGGGUUACAUGCUCCUCUUCCUCAUAAUGCUGUUGUGUCUGUGUCCGAACACAAAGCCUGCUGUGUUUGUUGUGAUGAAUGUGGAGAGAAGGAGUACUAGAGUCUGUCUGAGGUGUCAUGAAGGAGCUGUUCAGAGAACUCACACCAGAGAUGGCAGAACUACCCAGGUUGUGUUCAUUAGGGCACACCAUUUAAAGAUCAGGAGAGCUUCUUAUUGGACAAGUUCAGAUAGUCAGUAUGCAGACUACGCUUUGCACUCAUUCUUUGUUUCCUCACACACAUCCAGGUGUUACGUUACGUAGUUGAUGUCUACACUUGAUCAUGGCAAUAUUAUAUACUCCUGCUGAUUUUUAUUGUUUUGUUUUGAUUUUUUUUUGUUCUUCUGACUAAUUGGUGUAUCUCUUGAUGACAAAUGUAGUCUACAAUGAGCAGCAUGAUGCUCUCUGCAUCUCAAUGGGUUUAGGAUAAAAGAAGAAUCAGGUGGUGGUACAAACCUUACUCUCAUCUGGCUAAUCAGUAAUUCAUCUAAUUUCUCUCACCGAGUAUCAUUUGUUGCGGCUCCGCAAUCAGACCCUUCAGCAAUCACUGCGUGUGUGUUAGGGUUGGGCGACGUCAACCUUUGUCCUAUCGUGAUUAUGUACUCAUAAAACAUUGAUAUACACAAUAGUAUUGCCUCCUAUUGGCCAACCAAAAAACCCCAAACAACUCCACUUAAGCGUCUGUUGCGCGAAAGAUAAUGAUGUUGAAAGCCUGGGCAGAAGCUUGGAGCAGGUGUGUCUGUAUGACUGUGUGGCGCGCACAUGAUGGAGCAGUGGCAGUCUGAUGAGGAACAGUCUGUCUUACCAUAGUUAGUUAGGUUCAUUGGAUAAUUUGCCUCGUAAAAUAAUACUAAAUUAAGAAUAUUGUUCUAGCUCUCAUAAAGCUGUGAUUGAGAAUAGCCUACGCUUAGGCUAUAGACUUUCAUUCUUGUUAUUUUUUUAGGCUAGAAUAUUUGGGAACUAAGCUACUGUUCAUAACUUUAACUUUUAUUAUAGGUUAUUGGCCAUUUGUUUUUUUUCAGGCCCGCAUGGAUAAUUGUAUUUCUUAAUAAGCUUAAACUUUAUUUCAACUUUUGCGAGUCUUCGUUUCUUUACUGUGCGGCGCCAGUCAAGUUCAAAUAGGCUAAACCGUCGUCUGUCAAUCAUCGUUGAUAGACUAUGCUAUCAUAAUAUCGCGCAACCCUAGUGUGUGUGUGUGUGUCACCUGUGAUGGCUUCUCCUGGCUGGUUGAGCCUGGUGUGUGUGUGUGUGUGUGUGUGUGUGUGUGUAGACUGCUCUCUGCAACCCCCCUGGGUGUAGGCUACAGGUGAUCUCUAUGCAGCUCCACUCUCUGUGUGGAGGUGAGACCUGGUUAGAGUAAUGUUCUCUCUCAUCUUGUUGUUGUUGUCCUAUCUCUCCAGCCACGACUCCCUGGUUUGAGGCGUACAGAGAGAGCUUCCUCCAGUCCAUGCCUGCCUCCGACCAUGAGUUCCUCAACCACUACCUCGCUUGUAUCCUUCGCACUGCUUCAACAUAGUAGAAUAAACCCUAUGAUGAUGAGAGAGAAGCCAUCUCUCUCUCAUUCCUCCUUCCUUUUCUCCCGGUUUUCUUUACCUCUCUCUCUGUCUUGUUCAGUUUAUCCCUGUCACUCUCCACCUCUUUCUCGCUCCUCUGUUUUCAUCUUCCUCUCCCGUCCUGUCCUACUCCCUCUUUCUCUGUCUGUGUGGUUGUCUCCCGUCCUGUCCUACUCCCUCUUUCUCUGUCUGUGUGGUUGUCUCCCCCUUUCCUACUCCCUCUUUCUCUGUCUGUGUGGUUGUCUCCCCCUUUCCUACUCCCUCUUUCUCUGUCUGUGUGGUUGUCUCCCCCUUUCCUACUCCCUCUUUCUCUGUCUGUGUGGUUGUCUCCCCCUUUCCUACUCCCUCUUUCUCUGUCUGUGUGGUUGUCUCCCCCUUUCCUACUCCCUCUUUCUCUGUCUGUGUGGUUGUCUCCCCCUUUCCUACUCCCUCUUUCUCUGUCUGUGUGGUUGUCUCCCCCUUUCCUACUCCCUCUUUCUCUGUCUGUGUGGUUGUCUCCCCCUUUCCUACUCGCUCUGUCUCUGGUUGUGGUUCUUUGACGGCUGUCCCUGCAGGUCUGUUGGUGGUGUCAUCCAGUGAGGCUGUACCAGUGGAGAAGUUCCUCAAGCUGUCUCAGGAGCAGCACAGGAUCCAGCACAGCGGCGAAUACACCAACCCCAAGUGGUUCAUCCCCAACACACUUAAAUACUACGUCCUACUGCACGACAUGAGCCAGGGAAACGAACAGAGGUGGGUAGUAGUGACGCAAACACCACACGCAUGUGCAGACAUGCAAGUACGCACACAAAAUCUCAGACAGCCAGGCCAAUGACCUCAGCUCUCCUUCUCUUUAAUCCAUUGACCUCGGCUAACCCUGUGUUUGCGUGUGCGCGCAGCCCCUCUGCCAUUAGACAGAAGCAGUAAUGAGGAAGGUGUUCACUCCGCUUCUCACCGGCAGUUAUGGAUUCCCUUAAUUCUCUCUCUCUCAGGGCUGACUCUGUGUAUGAGGAUAUGAAGCAGAGGUAUGGUGCUCAGGGUUGUUACCUGUUGAAGGUCAACUCUCGUACGGCAGCAGCAGGAGCAGACGAACAGAUCCCAGACCCAUGGAGCCAGUACCUUCACAAGAGCAGCCUGCAAAGCCAGGUACAGUAGAGCCCAGACAAAGUAUUCCAAGUAUCUAGUUGCUAAUGUACAGUAGCAUACAACUGUCAGUACCAUUAUCGGGUUCAUUAGGACACAUUGUUUUUUCGACGGAAAAAGAAAAUGAAUGUUGCUUAUUGGACAAGUUCAGGUUGUACCUUCCUGUUUUACUCAGUUUCUGAGCGUUUUCUUCCGUUGCGUGCCUAUUAAACAUGUUUGCUCAUGGCUGUUCUAGGAUCAGUAUGAGGAUCCAGCCCCAGCCCCUGUAGUGGUGAACAACACUGCUGUAGAGAACAACGUAGGAGGAACAUCCGAGGUGGAUGGACACGACUCAGAAGAGAAAGGUGAGCUUAGCCACUUAGCAAUACUCAGGAGCUGAAGAUGUCAUGUCAUUAGCCACUCCUCCACUCCUGAACAUGAACAUACUUGUGGUCCUGUGUGGCUCAGUUGAAAAGAGCUUGGCCCUAGCAACUCCAAGGUCAUUGGUUCAAUGGGAUUGCUUAUCAAUGAAAAAAUAUUUAAAACGUGUAAAAUACACAUUUUGUAUUUGUGAAACCUCUUUUCCACCUCCAGUGUGUGUCUGAUUCAUUCCCCUCUUACUCUACUGAAAGGUUGAUGAUUGCGUCAUUAAAGAAAGACACUGCUCUAGUUGACUUAUUUAAUUCAGAUAGAUUAGUAACUAUCAUCUGAAGCAUGCCUGGGUUGACAAUGUGGUGUUGAUGAUUUGUUCAGAUUGAGUUUCCCAACAUUCUGGAUGCACAUCCCCAUUUGAAGUGUGCUUAGGUUCUUGACCAUGUUUUGUUGAAGUUGUUGUUUAUCCAGACGGAAUGACCAACAUUGUGGCCACAUGCCUUCACAUUGUUGACAGUGACAUUGUGUGUUGUUGACAAUGUGUUGUUUAUCAGACGGAGUCUUGGUCAACAGUCUGGACAACACCCAUCCCCUCCAGCUGGAUACACCCAGUGACACGCCCGGUAGCCUCGACGCUCUCAGGGCCGUCGCCGUGGAAACCAAGCCACCGCCUAUCGCCACGGGAAUGGCAGCGGCCGCCAGCCAUGGGGCGUGCCUAACGCUGAACGACCACGACCGCAUCAGACUGUUCAUCCAGGAGUUUACCUUCAGGGGACUACUGCCUCACAUAGAGAAGAACAUCAGACAGCUCAAUGACCAGGUAGAAAGACACGCACACAUACACAGUGACCAUGAGACGGCUCAGUGACCGCGGACACACACGCUGCGGUAAUAUAAUGUCGGCACUCUGUCUAGUGUAUUGUGGAUUUAAUAAUUAGUCCCUUCGUGAUUCUGCGAUUGCUUUUUUCUUUUGUAAAAUUGUCAAUUCCCUGCAUAUUAUGAGAAGAUUUGACCAAUAACCACAUAAAACAGUCAAAUCACUUCAAUAUUACAGCAUAAAACUGUCCGAUUACUGCACGGCAAAUUGGACAAAAUCAUUGCAGAUUGCCAUGCAAAAUGUCAGAAUUGCAGCAGCAAAAUCAAGCAUUUUUGCCUGCAAAUAUCACUCCCAAGAAAAGCAGCGAAAUCCUGGAAUGACUGAUUGAUGGAUGGAACGAUCAAUGAUAUGGCCUUAGGCCUUCUAAUGAUCUGAUCUCAUUCCUUUUCUCUCCCUCCCCCUCUCACUCUCUGUAGCUGGUCUCCAGGAAAGGCUUGAGUCGCUCUCUUUUCUCUGCCACUAAGAAGUGGUUUGGAGGAGGGAAAGUUCCAGAGAAGAGUAUUGCUGAACUGAAGAACACUUCUGGCCUCCUGUAAGUACAUCACCUUCCUCCUCCUCUUCUUACUCUUCAUCACCUUCAUAUCACCAUUAGCGAGGAGAUUUUCCUGUUAGUAAGUGCCAAGACCAAAGCUAUCACGCUGCUUACUGACCAGUGAUUGUAAAGGAUGGCAGGGUCCUCUCAUUAACAGAUCACACCUGGGAUCACACUCUGGUACAUACAGUAUGCACACAAUCACACAUUUACUGUGUUCAACCAUCCACGUGUCUAAUCAGAGGUGCAGAACGAGAGGCUAGAGAGCGUUAGAACUCGUCAGAGAUCAGCUGUAGGCUUUCACCCAAAGAAGUGUAGAGUUUGCAUAUUUUGAAUUGUUCAGGAUGGUGGUUUGCUAUUACAGCUGAGGAUCUGUGUGUAUCCCAAAUGGCAUCCUAUUCCCUAUAGUGUACUACUUGUGACCAGAGGCCUAUGGGCCCUGGUCAAAUGUAGUGCACUAAAUAGAGAACACUAGGGUGCCAUUUGGGACACAGCCUCAGAAUGGUUCUGGAUGGCCGUUUGCGAACACCUCCACCUCCUUAUCUCCUGAGCGGUCUGACCUUUGCCCUCUGUCCUGUGUGAUGUCAUUAGCUAUCCCCCAGAAGCCCCUGAGCUGCAGAUCAGGAAGAUGGCUGACCUGUGUUUUCUGGUUCAGCACUAUGAGCUGGCCUACAGCUGCUACCACACGGCCAAGAAGGAUUUCCUCUCUGACCAGGCCAUGCUCUAUGCCGCUGGGGCACUGGUGAGAACACACACCUACACAGAGGGAGAGAGAACAAGAGCGCAUACACACACACACUCUCAAAGAGAACACACACGCAUAAACACACACGUGCGUACACAUGCUCAUACACACACGUCGCAUGCGCACACACAGUACAUUGUCAUGAAGGUAGUUAACAGUCUUGCAGAAAGGACACAGCAGGAGGUAAUGUUUAGGUGCCAGAAGGUGAAGUAAGUGCUUGGCAGCAGCAGCACAUGCACAAUACUGAGACUGAGCACACACACACCAAUCUACCUUGCACCUCUGAAUGACGUGAACAAAACAAGAACAGAGUCUUGAGUUUUUGUACUCUUGGAGACCUGAGCAGUAGGGUGUCUACCACAGCAGACUAGAAAGAAAGUAAAUGUGAAGUUUGUCCUGUAGAAUGUUCAGAGGAGUCAUAGAACUUAAAGAACAAAGACUGUAAUUUGAUGUCUGAGAGAACAGAAGCAUCAUUAAAGGUACAACAACAACAACAACAACAACAAUGACAGAACUAGAGGUGGUGUCACCGGUGCACAUCUGAAGAAUGCAUCAUGGGAGUGCCCUAGACAGACAUACAACACUGAAUGAUAUUGGAAAAUGGCCACACACACACACCAUAUUGAUCUCCCGCCCUCUGCUUCCUGUCCUAGCGUCCUGCAGUGUUAACGAUGCGGCCACGCCUCAUGGCUUUCUGGGUCACCUAAAUAUGAACGGCAGACAGGUGUGUGUGUGUAGCCAGACUAUUAAUGGCAGGCCGAUGGUCUGGAACCGUGACCGCCCCUCACGUGUCUGAUACCUAUCCUCAACACACCCACCAUAUUACCAUUUAUAACACUCAACACUGAUGGGUGUAUGGAUGUAUGAUGAAUAGAUUUUAAAUGAUUAUCUUUCUCCUCUUUUGCUGCCCCUCUCUCCUUUGUCUCUUUCGGUUUCUCUCCCACUGUCUAAUCUUUCUCCUCUCGCUCUCUCUCAUUCAUCUCUUUCCCAUUAUCCUCCUCCUCUCUCUCUCUGUCUCUCUCUGUCUGUCUCUGUCUGUCUCUCUCUCUUCCUCUCUUCUCUUCUCUCCUCUCUCUGUCUGUAGGAGAUGGCAGCAGUGUCUGCGUUUCUACAGGUUGGGGCUCCAAGGCCGUAUCCAGCACACUACAUGGACACGGCAAUACAGACCUACAGAGAUGUGUCCAAGUACGACAUUAACACACACACACACACACACACACACACACACACACAUACACACACACACACACGUGUUGUCACAAAAUCGCACAUCGACUAACAAUGGCCAGUAAGCUAAAAUACCCAGCCUCAUAGCCGCAUACAAGCCACAAAACUACACAGGCUCUCUCACCCCUAUGGUAGUGUGUGUGUAAGAAUAUGUUUUAUAAAUGUCUGUCCCCCAUACAGGAACAUGGUCCUAGCUGAACGUUGUGCUCUGCUCAGUGCUGAGGUACUAAAGAGUCAGGCCAAGUACUCUGAUGCUGCUACCCUCCUCAUCAAGAUGACCAGUGAGGUGAGAAGACCCUACUAGAGCACGGCCGAUAUUGGCCUUCUAAUACUAUAUCGUUAUUGGACGAUAAUUCCACCGAUAACCGAUAUUCAAAAAAUGAGAUGAAAAAAGGGAAUCUCAUGCUUAUCUGAACACUUGCGGCCAUUCUCAUGAUGUCAUUAUUGUCACUAUUGUAAGAAGUCAACAUUUUGAAGCGUUUUUCUUAGACAAUUGCUCUGUUGGAUGGCAAUUUUUGAGAGUUCAGUGUGGAAUAAUGAUUGAAUUUCCUCGCUGUUAAACAGUAUAUAGGCAGAUAUAUCAGUAAGUUAUGUCCCCCAAAAAAUCUGAAUCUGUAUUGGACCUAAAUAAACAUUGGUCGGGCUCUAGACACUACUUCUGAUUUAUCAUUGUAUCAGGUUCUAUGUUUUUCCACUAUAGAUUAACCUCUGGCUCUGUAUACAUCUGUAGCAGUCAGAUCUCUGUAUGUUACGUGUAGCAUAUUUAUGUGUGAAACUUUUAUGUUGCUGCCUACUGCCGUCUUGAACAGGUUUCUCUUGCAAACUAGAUUUGAUCUAAAUUAGACUAACCUGUAUAAAUAAAGGUUAAAUAAAAAUGUGUGGUAUGUCCAUGUUAUUAGCUAACCUGUAUAACCCUGUCUAUCUCCCUCCCAGGACUCUGACCUGCGUUCUGCCCUCCUAUUGGAGCAGGCAGCCCACUGUUUUAUUAACAUGCGGAACCCCAUGGUCAGGAAGUUUGCCUUCCACAUGAUCCUGGCAGGACACCGCUUCAGCAAGGCAGGGCAGGUGAGUGUGACCAAAACAGGCUAAAGUUAGGCCGUGUUCUGUAGACCUGAAACUGAAGAGAGCGAAACAGGGAGGUACUAUGUACUUCGGUAUGUAAAUCCCUGUUAAAGAGGAAUUGUGGGUGUGUGAACACCAAUGAGGCCUUUUUAAAAGCAGAAUGUGGUGAUCUGAGACAAGGUGAAACAGAAUUGAUUCUACUGGUGGGUCAGACAGGUGAUAUGGUUUCUGUCCAUCUGAAGCCCCGUUUGAGCGGGAGGCCUGCAGUCUUCAAAGUUUUAGAAUCGUUUGAGCAUUCCAUUUCAGAACUCUUGAUUGUUUUCUUCCUCUCCUUUCCCUCUGCUGUAUCUGCCCCCUCUCUCUCCCUCCCUGUAGAAGCGCCAUGCGUUGCGGUGUUACUGCCAGGCCAUGCAGGUGUAUAAGGGUAAAGGCUGGUCCCUGGCUGAGGACCAUAUCAACUUCACUAUCGGCCGCCAGUCCUUCACCCUGCGCCAACCAGAGAACGCUGUCUCAGCCUUCAGACACAUCCUCACCAACGACAGCCAGCAAACCUCCACACAGCAGGGAGCCUUCCUCCGGGAAUACCUCUACGUCUACAAGGUAACACCCUUACAAUGUUAAUACAAUCCUAUCACAACCUUAAAACAACUUUAACACAACGUUAGCACAACAUUAUUACAACCCCACAGCAGGGAGUCAAGAAAACAAGAUCACAACACAACCUAUACAUAACCUCAAUACAGCCUUAACAUUAGCGUAAUACAGGGAGGCUCAGGAAGCCUUCCUUAGAGUACCUCUAGACCCCUCAACAAGGCCAUGGCGUGAUAGACUCUGGUUUGACACACGCUGUCCAAGUGUUGCAUGGUGUACAGGUACAAUAUUCAUAUCAUUUCAUACACUGAGUGUACAAAAACGUAAGGACACCUGCUAUUUCCAUGACAGACUGACCAGGUGAAUCGGGGUGAAAGCUAUGAUCCAUUAUUGAUGUCACCUGUUAAAUCCACUUCAAUCAGUGUAGAUGAAGAUUUUUAAGCCUUGAGACAAUUGAGACAUGGGUUGUGAAUGUGUGCCAUUCAGAAGGUGAAUGGGCAAGACACAACAUUUAAGUUGUGUCCCUGUAUGCUUUCAACACCUUGUAGAGUCCAUGCCUAGACGAAUUGAACUCAAUAUUAGGAAGGUGUCCUUAAUGUUUUGUACACUCAGUAUAUAUUCAGUUUAUAUAACAUGUACCCGUGGGCUGACACUCAAAAAAAAUAACUAAAAUAAGAAAUGCAUACAGAGAAAUUAUCAUAUUGAUCACAGGAUUUUGUAAUAAUCAAAUUGGUAUAUAAAGAAACGAGGUGGCCUAUAAUUAAUUUUGAAGUGCAACAGAGCUGCCUUCCAGCAGUCUCUGAUUGAUUGAGAGAUUCAAGGAGCUAUCAUCGUUAAGUAACAUAGUAGACUUAAUAUUUACAUUCAUGCACUUUGAAAUGAAUUUGGAACUUUGUCCCAGAAGCAUUUAACUGCAGGGCACUCCCACAUAUGAAGGAAUGUGCCUGCCUGAUUUAGAGGACACAGUGAACAUUUGGGAGUUGGGGCCAAUUUCAUUAUAAAACGUUUCCUUGGUUUUAAAUACAGUCUGUGAACAAACAUAAAAUGUAUAAGUUGUUUUCCAAGGUCACAUGUUUCCAUAUUCUGUUCCAGUUAAAGGGUUGUUCAGAUUCACUUAGAUCUAGGCUUGGGUGAUACCCCGGAAUAAACGGUGCGUGCUACAUUUACAUUUACGUCAUUUAGCAGACGCUCUUAUCCAGAGCGACUUACAGUUAGUGAGUGCAUACAUUAUAUAUAUUUUUUUAUACCCCCCGUGGGAAUCGAACCCACAAUCCUGCUCUACCAACUGAGCUACAUCCCUGCCGGCCAUUCCCUCCCCUACCCUGGACGACGCUGGGCCAAUUGUGCGCCGCCCCAUGGGUCACCCGGUCGCGGCCGGCUACGACAGAGCCUGGAUUCGAACCAGGAUCUCUAGUGGCACAGCAAGCACUGCGAUGCAGUGCCUUAGACCACUGCGCCACUCGGGAGCACUCGCUACGCCACUGCUUAUAAUUAUACUGAAUAAAAAUAUAAACGCAACAAUUUUCAUUGAUUUUACUGAGUUACAGUUCAUAUGAGGAAAUCAGUCAAUUGAAAUAAAUUCAUUUAGGCCCUAAUCUAUGGAUUUCACAUGACUGUUAAUACAGAUAUGCAUCUGUUGGUCACAGAUAAAAAAUAAAAAACAUAAUGGUAUUUUUGUGCAUUCAAAUUGCCAUCGAUAAAAUGCAAUCAUGUUCGUUGUCCGUAGCUUAUGCCUACUUAUACCAUAACCCUACUACCACCAUGGGGCACUCUGUCCCCAAGGUUGACAUCAGCAAACCGCUCGCCCACACGACGCCAUACACGUGGUUUGCGGUUGUGAGGCCUAUUGGACGUACUGCCAAAUUCUCUAAAACAACGUUGGGAGGCGGCUUAUGGUAGAGAAGUUAACAUUCAAUUCUCUGGCAACAGCUCUGGUGGGCAUUCCUGCAGUCAGCAUGCCAAUUGCACGCUACUCAAAACUUGAGACAUCUGUGGCAUUGUGUUGUGUGACAAAACUGCACAUUUUAGAAUGGCCUUUAAUUGUCCUCAGCACAAGGUGCACAUGUGUAAUGAUCAUGCUGUUUAAUCAGCUUCUUGAUAUGCCACACCUGUCAGGGGGGUGGAUUAUCUUGGCAAAGGAGAAAUGCUCACUAACAGGGAUGUAAACAAGUUUGUGCACAGAAUUUGAGAGAAAUAAGCUUUUUUUGCAUAUGGAACAUUUCUGGGAUCUUUUAUUUCAGCUCAUGAAACAUGGGACCAACACUUUACAUGUUCCGUUUUAUAUUUUUGUUCAGUGUAUAAGUUAAGUAUAACUGAGAAAUUUAAGAUGCGUCAAAUAAAUUAUAUCCAUCUCAGGGCUCCAGCUAUGCAUUCGGUUUGCUAACUUGCUAGCUAAGUGGCUGGAUGUCAAGAUCAAGCUUCUUGGUUACAGAAGAGACAUUCAAUCCCCUCCUGGACCAAGAUCCUUGUUUUUUGUGUGCUCAUUCGGUAAUACCGUACACCCCGGUAUGGUACAGAAACGGUAUGAAGGUUAAAAAAAUUGGAUACCGUGCACCCCUACUUCUGUGGACCAUACUUUUUUAAUGGCUAGCCCAGAAAUGAACUUUCCAAAAGUUAUUUAUAUAUCAUAUAGAUCAGUCCUUUUGGCAGCCCAGAUAAUUUAUUUACAAGAACUGACCUUCUCACAGUCCUUCUACAGUCCUUAUUUUUUUGCCAUGGUAUCGUUUUUGUAUCGAGUAUCAUUAUACUAAACCUGGUAUCGGUAUCAUAGUCAAAAUUCCGGUAUCGUGACAAUACUACUCUGUCCCCUGGCCCUCCUGACUAGACUAGAGGGGGGGGGGGCAUGUUGACUCACUCCUGGGUUCACUCCAGCUCCAGCCAGUGGGAUGGAAUCAUUGGCUAGCCUGCUGUUCCUCAUGAGGCGAAUUCAUAACAAGGCUGUGUGAUGCCACUCCUCCAGUCCUGGCUUUACUGUAAACUAUCUGUAUUGACUCUAGAGGUCUGUACGGAGAGAAUGGAAGAAAGAUGUUGGCUGGAACCGAAUGGCAUUUAAAAUGAAAAAUGCAAUAUUUAUCUUAAAAAACACUUAUUUCCUUGUAGAAAAAGGUUUAUUUUCACCAAAGAGGGUAAUUAGAGAGGGUUGAAGAAGCUUUUAAAAUGUUUGUGUUGCCACUUGCGUGACACGUCUUCUACUCCUCCUUCCUCCCUUUUGUUCUCGAGCUGUUUAAAAGGCAUGCACACUCACUACACACUAGGGCUGUGACGAUACCAGUAUCGCAAUAUUAAUUCCAUGGCAAAAAUGAAAACACAAAGCAGACUAAUGUCUUUGGUCCUUGUAAAAACCUGCUGUAUGUAGAAUAGUGUGCUAUAGCUUGGAAAAUAAAUAAAUGUGACUCUGGAUGACGACAACAUUAUGUUUGUUUUCAACAUUAGGCAGGGGUGAAAGUAGAAUGAAUUUCUUCCCGGUACAGGACCUCCUAUAUGCGUGUGCACCAAAAUGUAUGGGCCUAAUAGAAUUACAUAUAGUAUAGAAUCCCAAUUAAUUAAAUAAGAUCUCUGUGGGCGUAGUCGUAAAGAUUUGUCAUUUAACUUUUUGAAUGUAUUACCUUUUGUGGCAUAAACACAACCAGUCAUGAUGUUUUCAUCGGAUUGUCAAACAAUCACUUCAAAGGGCUCCUUUAACAAAUCAAAUCAAAUGUAUUGGUCACAUACACAUGGUUAGCAGAUGUUAUUGCGAAUGUAGCAUAAUGCUUUCCGACAGUGCAGCAAUACAGUGGGGAAAAAAAGUAUUUAGUCAGCCACCAAUUGUGCAAGUUCUCCCACUUAAAAAGAUGAGAGAGGCCUGUAAUUUUCAUCAUAGGUACUCGUCAACUAUGACAGACAAAAUGAGAAAAAAAAAUCCAGAAAAUCACAUUGUAGGAUUUUUAAUGAAUUUAUUGGCAAAUGAUGGUGGAAAAUAAGUAUUUGGUCAAUAACAAAAGUUUCUCAAUACUUUGUUAUAUACCCUUUGUUGGCAAUGACACAGGUCAAACGUUUUCUGUAAGUCUUCACAAGGUUUUCACACACUGUUGCUUGUAUUUUGGCCCAUUCCUCCAUGCAGAUCUCCUCUAGAGCAGUGAUGUUUUGGGGCUGUCGCUGGGCAACACAGACUUUCAACUCCCUCCAAAGAUUUUCUAUGGGGUUGAGAUCUGGAGACUGGCUAGGCCACUCCAGGACCUUGAAAUGCUUCUUACGAAGCCACUCCUUCGUUGCCCGGGCGGUGUGUUUGGGAUCAUUGUCAUGCUGAAAGACCCAGCCACGUUUCAUCUUCAAUGCCCUUGCUGAUGGAAGGAGGUUUUCACUCAAAAUCUCACGAUACAUGGCCCCAUUCAUUCUUUCCUUUACACGGAUCAGUCGUCCUGGUCCCUUUGCAGAAAAACAGCCCCAAAGCAUGAUGUUUCCACCCCCAUGCUUCACAGUAGGUAUGGUGUUCUUUGGAUGCAACUCAGCAUUCUUUGUCCUCCAAACAUGACGAGUUGAGUUUUUACCAAAAAGUUAUAUUUUGGUUUCAUCUGACCAUAUGACAUUCUCCCAAUCCUCUUCUGGAUCAUCCAAAUGCACUUCAGACGGGCCUGGACAUGUACUGGCUUAAGCAGGGGGACACGUCUCGCACUGCAGGAUUUGAGUCCCUGGCGGCGUAGUGUGUUACUGAUGGUAGGCUUUGUUACUUUGGUCCCAGCUCUCUGCAGGUCAUUCACUAGGUCCCCCCGUGUGGUUCUAGGAUUUUUGCUCACCGUUCUUGUGAUCAUUUUGACCCCACGGGGUGAGAUCUUGCGUGGAGCCCCAGAUUGAGGGAGAUUAUCAGUGGUCUUGUAUGUCUUCCAUUUCCUAAUAAUUGCUCCCACAGUUGAUUUCUUCAAACCAAGCUGCUUACCUAUUGCAGAUUCAGUCUUCCCAGCCUGGUGCAAGUCUACAAUUUUGUUUCUGGUGUCCUUUGACAGCUCUUUGGUCUUGGCCAUAGUGGAGUUUGGAGUGUGACUGUUUGAGGUUGUGGACAGGUGUCUUUUAUACUGAUAACAAGUUCAAACAGGUGCCAUUAAUACAGGUAACGAGUGGAGGACAGAGGAGCCUCUUAAAGAAGAAGUUACAGGUCUGUGAGAGCCAGAAAUCUUGCUUGUUUGUAGGUGACCAAAUACUUAUUUUCCACCAUAAUUUGCAAAUAAAUUCAUUAAAAAUCCUACAAUGUGAUUUUCUGGAUUUUUUUUUCUCAAUUUGUCUGUCAUAGUUGACGUGUACCUAUGAUGAAAAUGACAGGCCUCUCUCAUCUUUUUAAGUGGGAGAACUUGCACAAUUGGUGGCUGACUAAAUACUUUUUUUCCCCACUGUAUCUAUCAAGUAAUAUCUAACAGUUACACAACAAAAACCUAAUACACACAAUCUAAGUAAAGGAAUGGAAUAAGAAUAUAUAAAUAUAUGGAUGAGCAAUGUCAUUAUCAGAGUGGCAUACGCUAAGAUGCAAUAGAUAGUAUAGAAUACAGUAUAUACAUAUGAGAUGGGUAAUGCAAGAUAUGUAAACAUUAUUAAAGUGGCAUUAUUAAAGUGACUAGUGUUCCAUUUAUUAAAGUGCCCAGUGAUUUUCAAGUCUAUGUAGGCAGCAGCCUCUCUGUGCUAGUGAUGGCUGUUUACUAGGCUACCCGCGCACAUUCAUUUACUCACAACAUAUUUCCAGCCUCCAAACAGUGGUGAAUGGAAAGAGACAUCUGUUACACAAAACACCAAAAAGUGUCAUGACAUUUGGCAAUUGUCAUUAGGCCAGAAUUUAUGCAUCCACUGCUGUCCGCACGCGUCUCGGUGUUGGCCAAAUUUCAGUGUUCUCGUCGAACCACAUUGAAUUUUGGAGCGUAGGCUAUAGCAACUGUUUACCAGUCCAUUCGCAGAUUUUUCAUGCCUCUGAAAUGCAGUAGUGAUAAAGUGGUGGAAUAGCCUACAGUUUUCUUGACAUUUUGUGUUAAUUAUUGUGGCUCAUGUUCUACCGAUACGGCGUACCCCCACUAUUACCGGAUUGUACCGCCUUACUUUCACCCCUGACAUUAGGGCUGUUUUUCCGUGUUACUAACGAGUAUUGUGAUACUGGUGUCGUCCCGGCCCUACUGCACACACUACAGAACUCUGGUCCUCCGUGUGUAUGUGUGUACGAAGCGUAAUGCAAUAGUGAAAUUGCACGUUUCUUUUGAGUCUUAUAGCCUGUGUGUUAAGUUGUCUCAAUAUGAAAAAUGUGACAAUCCUCUCCAAUCUGGCAUUACUUAAUUUGUAUACUAGACUAAUAUUUAGAAGUAAUAAUAACUUGAAUAAUAAAAAUUAAAUGCUACUCAUAAUAGUGAAAUUGCAGAGAAAAGCCAUGUUUCUUUUGAGUCUGACAUUGGCCUGGCCAAUUACUGUAACCUGAAAUUCCAAGACCGUCACAGCCUUGUGUGUGUGUUAACAGUAUCUCCUUGCGCUCUACCUGUUCCUCCAGAAUGUGACGGGUGUGUGUGAGGUGGCGCUACCCCAGCUGCCCCUACCCUGCAUCAACAGCUCUGCCACCAGGGUCUACUUCGGCCAUGAACGCCGCCUGGCAGAGGGUAAGACUGAGACACACACACACUGCUCCCCAAUCACAUAUUUCAAGCUGCAAAAUAGCUGUGAGACAGAGUGCAGUGUGUGUGUGAACUUAAAUGUGCGUUUGAGACUGUGAAACGAGACGUAAGUCUAGUGUUUGUGCACUGCUGCUGAGUGAAAGUGUGACUAGCUUCGUUAUUAAAGAGUCAAACUUUGAAUGAAGAUCAGAGGAGUUAAAGACUGCGUCCCAAAUGGCACCCUAUUCCCUAUAUAGUGCACAUAUUUUGACCAAGUGGGGAAUAGUGUGCCAUUUCAGACAUUGCCAAAGUGUGUGGAGGUGGCCGCCUGGGCUGAAUAAAUACAUUUCUAAAUCAGCGUCCUUGGAGAAAGUUCCUUCCUCCACUGAUUACAGCUGCUUCAUUUAAACAGGCCCUCCAAACGAACAAAACAUAAUAAUUUAGUUUCCUACCAUAACCGCCUGUCCUUAGUUUUGUAAUUUAGGAUUAAGACUCAGUCCUGAAGACAUUUAAAAUCAGACACAUUUUUAGCACAAAAGGAGGUAUUGUCCUGUGGGGGUUGAGACGUGGCAUACCGUUACAUACGUAGGUGUGCAUGUGUCAUAAGUGGGGUGUGUGUUGGUGUUGAGGAAAGAAGGUCACAAACAUGAAGUUAAAUGAGUCAUUAUCCCCUGACACGGUCUGUCACAACAGAGCCACCAGAGAUAAUGUGGCAUUUAUGGAAUGUUUGUAGGCUUGUGUACGUUUGUCUGUAUGUAUCCCUUUUGCAUCAACCAACUCACAUAGCAAUUUUUUGCCCAAAAUGUCCUUUUUCAGUUGUAUUAUUGCAGUAUAUGUUCUACUGCAUAGUGCUGGUUUGAUCCAUAAUGAUCUGAUUGAUUGAUUGAUCAAUUAAUUGGUUUGAUAUUGAUCGAUUGAUUGUAGGGAUGUGCAUCUUUCACUUUCAAGACGAUUUGAUACGUAUCUAGAUACAUGGGCUCCGAUACGCUACAGGAACGAUAUGUUUUAGUUUGAAAUGAUUUGGUGUGAUUCUGAGCUGAGCCAUAAGGGAAACUGGGCAUCUACCACACCACUAUCAGUUAGGGGGGGGGCGAUGUUUGCUGAACAAUCCGUUUUGGUGCCUAUUGAAUUGCUGAACAAUCGAAAUAAAAUCGAAUGUAAGCUUCAAUCAGCAUGUAGCCUACCUAUAGCCAGAUACGUUGUCUCCGACGGUACCUUAGGCUACUUUCAUUCCGGUAAAACACAAUUGUCAACGGCGCAUUUGAUAAAAAAUAACCUAGUAAAUUACAUUGGUUGUCACUCAACUAAUAAAGCAGCUUUGCGCAAGCCAUUUUACUAACGUGUCAGAUGAGGAAUAGGCCUACCUCAUUGGUCAGCACACGAAGCUGCAUAUAGCGCACAGUUUGACUACGCUACUGAUAAUGCCUGUUUUUCUUUUUCUACAUGCAAAAUAACUUGUAGAUCAAUGACUGUCAACACAAUUACAUGCUUAGUUCGACACUGAAGGAGAGGACACAGUUGUCACAAUAGAUGAGAGGUAUUUUCGGAAGGUAAAAAGACAUUUGAGCAAAACAUUUUUGGAAACAGGCGAUUUCGUAACGUUUUAAUCGAUUUCCUGACCGAUGCAUGCUACAUUUGGAUUGAUUUGGGGUCCAACGGACCGAUGCACUCGUAUCUUAAACAUUUGAACUGGGGACUGAUGCGUAUCAGUGAAUCGUUACAUCCCUAAUUGAUUGUGAUAUUGGUUUAUUGAUCAGGUGAGAAGCAGGCAGCCACCCACGUGUCCUUGGACCAGGAGUUUGACCGGGACCUAGCUGCCAUGUGGCAGGACCUCGAGGAACAGGUGGUUGCCGCCGCCAACCGUGGGGUCGUCCCGGCAACGUUUCAACCCACCCAGUGCUGCCUGAACAGUCAGACGGACAACCUCCGCAUCCCGCUUGCUGUUGUGGAGGGUAAGUACACUAACACUCCUGUCUCUCAUUCCUCCUCCUUUUAGCACGGCUUUCUUUUCUUAUCCCACUCCCUCAUCUCUAUCUUCUAUUCAGCUAUAAGUCUGAUAGCUUGAUAGUUAGCCCACACACACACACACACACACACACAACCCUGCACCUGCAACCACACACACAUAUUAUAAAUAGUAUUGAAUUCACUAUCCUCACAUACAAAACAUUCAGAAAGUAUUCAGACCCCUUGACUUUUUCCACAUUUUGUUACGUAACAGCCUUGUUCUAAAAUUGAUUACAUUCUUUCAUUUCCUCAUCAAUUUACACACAAUACCCCAUAAUGACAAGGCAAAAACUGGUUUUUAGAUUUUUUUACACAAAAAAAUUUACAGAAAUAUGACAUUUACAUAAGAAUUCAGACCCUUUACUCAGUACUUUGUUGAAGCACCUUUGGCAGCGAUUACAGCCUCGAGUCUUCUUGGGUAUGACGCUACAAGCUUGGCACAACUGUAUUUGGGGAGUUUCUCCCAUUCUUCUCUGCAGAUCCUCUCAAGCUCUGUCAGGUUGGUUGGGGAGCGUUGCUGCACAGUUAUUUUCAGGUCUCUCCAAAGAUGUUAGAUCGGGUUCAAGUCUGGGCUCUGGCUGGGCCACACCGAAGCCACUCCUGCGUUGUCUUGGCUGUGUGCUUAGGGUCGUUGUCCUGUUGGAAGGUGAACCUUCCCCCCAGUCUGAGGUCCUGAGCAGGUUUUCAUCAAGAAUCUAUCUGUACUUUGCUCCGUUCAUCUUUCCCUCGGUCCUGACUAGUCUCCCAGUCCCUGCCGCUGAAAAACAUCCCCACAUCAUGAUGCUGCCACCACCAUGCUUCACCGUAGGGAUGGUGCCAGAUUUCCUCAACGUGACGCUUGGCAUUUAGGCCAAAGAGUUCAAACUUGGUUUCAUCAGACCACAUAAUCUUGUUUCUCAUGGUCUGAGAGUCCUUUAGGUGCCUUUUGGCAAACUCCAAGUGGGCUGUCAUGUGCCUUUUACUGAGGAGUGGCUUCCGUCUGGCAACUCAACAAUAAAGGCCAGAUUGGUGGAGUGCUGCAGAGAUGGUUGUCCUUCUGGAAGGUUCUCCCAUCUCCACAGAGGAACUCUGGAGGUCUGUCAGAUUGACCAUCUGGUUCUUGGUCAACUCCCUGACCAAGGCCCUUCUCCACUGAUUGUUCAGUUUGGCCGGGCGGCCAGUUCUAGGAAGAGUCUUGGUGGUUCCAAACUUAUUCCAUUUAAGAAUGAUUGAGGCCACUGCGUUCUUGGGGACCUUCAAUGCUGCAGACAUUUUUUGGCACCCUUCCCCAGGUCUGUGCCCCGACACAAUCCUGUCUCGGAGAUCUACAGACAAUUCCUUCAACCACAUGGCUUGGGUUUUGCUCUGACAUGCACUGUCAACUGUGGGACCUUAUAUAGACAGGUGUGUGCCUUUCCAAAUAAUGUCCAAUCAAUUGAAUUUACCACAGGUGGACUCAAAUCAAGUUGUAGCAACAUCUCAAGGAUGAUCAAUGGAAACAGGAUGCACCUGAGCUCAAUUUCAAGUCUCAUAGCAAAGGGUCUGAAUACUUAUGUGAAUAUGGUAUUUCUGUUUUAUUUUUAAUAAAUGUGAAAAAAUGAUUUAAACAACUUUUCUCUUUGUCAUUAUGGGGUAUUGUGUGUAGAUUGUUGAGGGAAAAAUACAAUUGAAUCAAUUUUAGAAUAAGGAUGUAACGUAAGUCAAGGGGUCUGAAUACUUUCCGAAUGCACUGUAUACCCUCAGACCUUUUGGUUGUGUUUGUCCUCAUCCUGGUGUCUUUUCUCGCUUGCUCCUAUGUAAAGCCAAUCAUAGUUGAAGUGGUGUUGUCUGUUCUCAUCCUGUUGUCUUUAUCUCGUCUCUCUCUACCUCUCGUCUCUUUCACUACCUCGCUCUCUCUUUCGCUACCUCGCUCUCUCUUUCGCUACCUCGCUCUCUCUUUCGCUACCUCGCUCUCUCUACCCCUUGUGUCGCUCUCUCUACCCCUUGUGUCGCUCUCUCUUCCCCUCGUCUCGCUCUCUCUCUACCCCUCGUCUCGCUCUCUCUCUACCCCUCGUCUCGCUCUCUCUCUACCCCUCGUCUCGCUCUCUCUCUACCCCUCGUCUCGCUCUCUCUCUACCCCUCGUCUCGCUCUCUCUCUACCCCUCGUCUCGCUCUCUCUCUACCCCUCGUCUCGCUCUCUCUCUACCCCUCGUCUCGCUCUCUCUCUACCCCUCGUCUCGCUCUCUCUCUACCCCUCGCCUCGCUCUCUCUCUACCCCUCGCCUCGCUCUCUCUCUACCCCUCGCGUCGCUCUCUCUCUACCCCUCGCGUCGCUCUCUCUACCCCUCGUCGCUCUCUCUACCCCUCGUGUCGCUCUCUCUCUACCCCUCGUCUCGCUCUCUCUCUACCCCUCGUCUCGCUCUCUCUCUACCCCUCGUCUCGCUCUCUCUCUACCCUCGUCUCGCUCUCUCUCUACCCCUCGUCUCGCUCUCUCUCUACCCCUCGUCUCGCUCUCUCUCUACCCCCGUCUCGCUCUCUCUAACCCCUCGUCUCGCUCUCUCUCUACCCUCGUGUCGCUCUCUCUCUACCCUCGUGUCGCUUCUCUCUCUACCCCUCGUGUCGGCCUCUCUCUCUACCUCUCGCUCUCUCUCUACCUCUCGCCUCUUCUCUACCCCUCGUCUCGCUCUCUCUCUACCCCUCGUCUCGCUCUCUCUCUACCCCUCGUCUCGCUCUCUCUCUACCCAUCGCGUCGCUCUCUCUCUACCCCUCGCGUCGCUCUCUCUCUACCCCUCGCGUCGCUCUCUCUCUACCCCUCGUCUCGCGCUCUCUCUACCCCUCGUCUCGUGCUCUCUCUCUCUCUCUCUCUCUCUUCUCUAAACACCCCUUGUCGCCAUCUCUUUCUACAUCGCUCUCUCUACAUCUCUACCUCUAGAACCAAUCAUAGUUGAGGUGGUGUUCCGGAACCCUCUAAAGGUUCCACUGGUUCUCUCUGACCUCUCGCUGCUCUGGAAGUUCACGCUCAAAGACUUCAAUCGACCGCAACCGCAGGAAGACUCGGUCGGAGACGCCGUUGCCAUCAGCAACGAGAAGGAGGCCAUCACUCCCAGGGUAAGAGUGUGUGUGUUACCUUUGGUCUGUGAGGCUACAGUGCUGUAAGAGCAGGGUCGUGUUCAUAAGUACACACCGUAGCAAAAACAUGUUUUUCUUAUUGGAUAAGUCCCUCCCCGUUUUGGUGCCUAUUGAAUAUGACCUGGACUAUUCUUCAAUCGGCUCGUCCUGUCUGCAAAGGUCAUCAGCAGGCUCAUUUAACCUCUACUUUUUACAACCCCUCCUGCUGCAGACCCCACAGAAAGAUGACGUCAUCGCCACAGAAGUCAUCCCAGAGUUCUACCUGAGCCCUGAGGAGACGAGAUUGGUAAGCUGCCUUUUAUGGUGCUCUCUUCUUGCUGUCUUUCCUCUCUCUCUCUCUCUCCCUAAUUUUCUGUGACUUCUCUCUAUGUCCAACCCACAGUCUCUCCUCCUUUUCCUCUUACAAUUAGUCUCUAUCAUUUUGUUCUCUUUCUGACCCCUCUCUGUCUCCUCCCUCAGGCUCGUCUGAAACUGCUGCCCCACCAGACAGGUCAACUCAACAUCCUGGGUCUGGUCUAUAACCUGGCCUCCACCCCCUCUACUGGAGACACUACUAUCAACAGCACCGCAGCCUCACAGAGCGAAGGUAACAUAUACACAUGGUCAUGCAGUCACACACACACAGUAAAACCAGUACUAUAAUUAAGCAAUAAGGCCUGAGGGUGUGUGGUAUAUGGCCAAUAUACCACGGCUAAGGGCUGUUCUUAGCACAGCUUAACACAGAAUGCCUGGAUACAGACCUUAGCUGUGGUAUAUUGGCCAUAUACUACAAACCCCUGAGGUGCCUUAUUGCUGUUAUAAACUGGUUACCAAUGUAACUAGAGCAGUAAAUAGUAAUUUUCUGAUAUACCACGGCUUUCAGCCAAUCAGCAUUAAGGGCUCGAACCACCCGGUUUAUUAUCCUGUUUUGGUCCCUCUCACCUGACCAAUGUGGUUGCGGUCCUCUCAACAGGUCCCUCAGCGGCAGAGGGGACGUCAGUUCGUGGUCGACAGGACCUAGAGAUCCAGGGACCACGGUUGAACCAGACCAAAGAGGAGAAGACCUCAGUCAGCCACGGUCCUGACCGACGUCUCGACCCCACCAUCACCCCUCCCAUGCCCCUGCUAGAGGUACUCGCUCAAUUCCAAAUCAACCCUUAGCCCCUGGAUCUCUAGAUCCCUACUCACUGGACACUUCUGUAGAUCUGAGAGGAUUGGAUUAGUGGAAGUAAUUCUUAGAUCCACAGGAAUGGCUAGGGAGUAGGUAGGGGCUAGGGGGUAAAUUUUUGAUUCAGGGCUCGUCCAUUGUCCAUUACCCACUGCUCUCCACCCCUCACUCUCUGCUGUCUGCCCUCCUCUUUCCCUGUAUGACUGAUGGUUCCAUACCAGCGAUAUGAAUAUGUCUAUGGUCCAUAAAAAUACAAACUGUUCCAUCCAUACAUAGUCGUGAAAAUAAAAUUAGGUGGUUUCUGAUUAUUCCAUCUUUCGGGAUUUCAUCUACUUUUUUUCCCCCAUCUACUUUCUCAAUUUCGGCGAUGUAUUUCCAUUUAGAUUGAACUGGGCAGUAUAUGAGUAAUUAUGGGAUGGAUUCAGACUAGUCUAUAUUCAAAUGACUGGCAGCCAAGUCCCUCCCUAUCACUGCUUUAUGCUGCCUGUCUCCUGAGAAAGACUGCUACACUGUAACUGGUCACCCAUUAACUAACCUCUCUCUGUCCCCAUUUCUCUAUCACUAUCCCAUCCCCCCACCCCUCUCUUCCUCACUCUCUCCGCUUUCUCUCCCUUUCGCACCCCCCCCCCCCCCCCCCCAGGUAUUCUUCCUCCAGUUCCCUACCGCCCUGCUAUGUGGUGAGAUCAGGAAGGCUUACGUGGAGUUCUGUAACGUGAGUCGCGUUACCCUGUGUGGCCUGCGGGUGGCGUCCACGCACCCAGACUUCUUUACCUUUGGAAGCACCUCCUUAGCCACACCUCUCACCCCACUCAGCCCCACCUCUUUUGAAAACUGCUCCGCCUACAAAACUCUGGCCACACCCCCUGGCGCCACGCCCGGGUCCGUUGCCGCGGUGACACUGGUUUCAGCGGGGGACUUUGGGUCGGGGACAGGGUUGGGAGGAGGAGGAGUGUCCGGUGCGGGUACGGGGGGUAAAUGGGUAGCAGAGAUCCCUCUAGGAGAGGGGACACUAAAGCCUGGAGAAUCUACCCAGCUGCCCCUGUGGCUGAGAGGACCAGACCAGGAAGGAGUCCACGAGAUCAACUUCCUGUUCUACUACGAGAGCGCCGAGAAGGGAGGCAAGAUCAGGUAGGAUAUUCACUACACAAGCCAAGGUCAGGUAGAGGAGAGUUAUUCAAGAGCGAAGUCUGUUACUCACUACAUACUGAAAAGCCACAUUAGACCAGCCAUUGAAGCGGGGGAGAGAAUCCAAAUCAGGUAGGGGAGAGCAAAAGAGCAACCUUUUAUAAUCCGAUAGGGGAGAGUUAUUCGAGAGAGAAGCCUGUUACUCACUACACAUUAGGCCUACAGCAGCCAUCCAGAAAAGGGAGAGAGCAGCCUGUUAAUCAGUUAGAAGAGAAAGCAGGCUAUUCUAUUCAGGUAGGGCUGUGGGGAAGCUGCCUGAUGAAAGACAUGAAUGCAAGAAACUAUCUCAUAAUAAAAGACGGAACGGAGCAGAUGUAAUCCUCAAAGAAAUUGGGAAAGCUGCCUACGUUUCAAGUCUUCACACAAGACUACACAAGUUAAGAUCAGGUAGGGAAAGAGAAGACUGGUAUUCACUCAUUAGUCAAUACACAUUCACAAGCCAAAUAGUGUAACGUGAAAGCGAUAAGGGAAGAAAGUAGCCUUUUUAUAUUCAGGUAGAGGAGAGGCAUAGGGAGAGUUGAAGAUUAUUCACUAGUACACAAACCAAGGAGUGGAACAUGAAAGAGAUUCCUCAUGUCUUUUCUACAAUUGUAUUACAUGAUUUAAAUUCAAUAUGAUUAAAGUAAUUUUUUUACAUUUAGAGUCUAUUUUAAGCAUGACUAGUGCUUCAAGUUGAAUUAAAAAGUUUUAAUUUCACAUAUUUUAGAGCAAAUAUGCUAUGAGAGUUGACUUGAGGGGUGUAAUCAAGCAGUAGAAAAUGGAAGAUGAGCACCGGCCCAAUUUAAGCACUGCCUGCAGCAUAUUAGGUAUCAUAUUAGGUAUCAUUUCAAUACAGGUGUCCAUUUCUUAGCCUCCUAGACAUCCUGAAUGUACCCCUGAAUGUUUGUCAGUCUUGCUUUAAAAUCUGUGCUCAUUGGAGAUCAAAUGAGGUCAAAUUGGGACACUUUUGAAAAGCCAUAUCAUUCUACUUUGGAAAGUUAUUUAUUUUUCUCUUCAUAAAGGACAUUUCACAUCUUACAGAAUGUGCCUGAUCAUCUGUUUAAAUUAAAUGGUUUAAUUUUAAUGUGGUUUUCGUAGUUUCAAUUAUAUAGAGCCUGCAGCAUUACUAAGCACAACGUUUGAGUUGUAAAUGCAUUGCAUGAACACAUUUAAAUGACUCAAUCUCUUUUUCCUCAUCUCUCGUUCCCUCCAUCCGUUUCUCUUUUGACCAUCCCUCCAUCUAACUUCUGCUCUCUCCUUCUGUCACUCCACUCACGUUCUCUGCUUUCCUCCAUCUCAAACCCCUCUCUCUCCCUUCCCCACUCUCUCCCCCUCCUUACCUCCCUGCCCCCUUCUCUCCAUCUCCUCUUUCCCUCCCCCUCUCUCUCUCACCCCCCCAGUCACAGGGUGUUGCGUCACACAGUAUUUAUUUGUGUGAGUCGUUCACUGUCUGUUCGGGCCACAGCUUGUCGUAGUAACACACUGCCGGAGGAGGAGGAGGAGGGGGAGGAGGGGAGGAACGGCAGCAUGCUGGUCUUUGUUGACGUGGAGAACAUCAACUCAGUGAGCUCAACACAUGCGUGCACACACAAAACAUGCUAUACACACACACUAACACACGUUCUGUUGUGAUACUCAUACGCACACAUACUAUUUCAGUCACACAAUCACUCAUAGUUAAGGUGAUGAUUGAUGGUACAUUUGUUAUUCAAGUUUCCUCUGUGUUGUGAACUGUACAAGCAUGAUAGGGCAUGCUGAUGUGGAUGUGAUGUACACAUGAAUAUUAAGUCAGACAUUGCUGUUCAAUAUGUUGACUUUAAAUGCUGAUCAUUAUGAUACAUAUUCUCUCUCUCUCUCUCUCUCUACAGAGUGAGGCUGGGGUGCGUGAGUUUCACAUUGCACAGGUCUCUAGCAGCAGUAAGCAGUGGAGACUACACAAGUGUAUAAACCCAGCAGAAGACAAAGGUUUGUCCCUCUGCUCUCCGUAGCCCUCUCAGAUGGGACUACAAAUAGUCUUAAACUCAUUUACUGGAUGACUGUUUGACAUUUCGGUCUCUACUUUUGAUUUGUGCAUUUCCAUUCAAAGAAAAUGCUUGAUUUAAUAAGUUUCAGUUGGUGGCAUUUCACUCCUUUCAAUUCUUUCACUGUUUCUUUCCGUUGUUUCAUUUGGAAGGAUUUUAUUUAGCUUUUUGUGUUGCUGAGGAGUCUAUCGCUAGGUGAUAUGCUGUCUGUGGAAACUAUGUAGUUUCCUAGUUAGCCAUGUGGCAGCAGGCAGACUGGGUUAGGAAGGUUUCACUUCAUCCACUGGAUUGCUUUGGUGUGUUUGGUUGUGUUCCAUAGCUGUUAUGUUAAUUAGAUGCGUUUUGGUGGUUUGAUCAGUGAGGUUCACUUGUUUGGAGGGGCUACCUUGAUUGGGCUAUCUAGUUCAUUUGGUAGGUUAGCGUACAGAAUAUUAUGUUCCUAAGUCACAGAGCAUUUUAGAAUCACAUUUUAGUCAUUUAGUAGACACUCUCUUAUCCAGAGCGGCUUACAAUUGGUGGCUUUUUAUGCUAUCCAAUAGCUAUGCGACCGCCCUUCAUAGUUCAUACAGUAUUACAUACACUACAUGACCAAAGGUAUGUGGACCCCUGCUCGUCGAACAUCUCAUUCCAAAAUCAUGGGCAUUACUAUGGAGUUGGUCUCUCCUUUGCCACUCCUCCGGGAGGCUUUCUACUAGAUGUUGGAACAUUGCUGCAGUCACUUGCUUCCAUUCAGCCACAAGAGCAUUAGUGAGGUCGGUCACUGAUGUUGGGUGAUUAGGCCUGGCUCACAGUCGCCGUUCCAAUUCAUCCCAAAGGUGUUCGAUGGGGUUGAGGUCAGGGCUCUGUGCAUGCCAGUCAAGUUCUUCCACACCGAUUUCGACAAACUAUUUCUGUAUGGACUUCACUUUGUACAUGGGGGCAUUGUCAUGCUGAAACCGGAAAGGGCCUUCCCAAACUGUUGCCACAAAGUUGGAAGUACACCAUGAAAAACAGCACCAUACCAUUAUUCCUCCUCCACUAAACUUUACAGUUGGCACUAUGCAUUGGGGCAGGUAGCGUUCUCCUGGCAUCCGCCAAACCCAGAUUCGUCUGUCGGACUGCCAGAUGGUGAAACGUGAUUCAUCACUCCAGAGAACGCGUUUCCACUGCUCCAGAGUCCAAUGGCGGCGUGCUUUACACCACUCCAGCCGAUGCUUGGCAUUUCGCAUGGUGAUCUUAAGCUUGUGUAGUGCUACUCGGCCAUGGAAACACAUUUCAUGAAGCUCCCGAUGAACAGUUAUUGUGCUGACGUUGCUUCCAGAGGCAGUUUGGAACUCUGUAGUGAGUAUUGAAACUGAGGACAGGCGAUUUUUAGGCGCUACGUGCUUCAGCACUCGACGGUCACGUUCUGUGAGCUUGUGUGGCCUACCACUUCGCGGCUGAGCCGUUGUUGCUCCUAGACGUUUCCACUUCACAAUAACGGCACUUACAGUUGACCGAGGCAGCUCUAGCAGGCCAGAAAUUUGAGGAACUGACUUGUUGGAAAGGUGGCAUCCUAUGACGGUGCCACUUUGAAAGACACUGAGCUCUUCAGUAAGGCCAUUAUACUGCCAAUGUUUGUCUAUGGAGAUUGCAUGGCUGUGCGCUCAAUUUUAUACACCUGUCAGCAACGAGUGUGGCUGAAAUGGAAGAAUCCACUAAUUUGAAGGGGUGUCCAUGUACUUUUGUAUAUAUAGUGUACUUUGAUUCAGAUCCAACUCUUGUUAUUCAGCUCUAUGCCAGGCUGGUUAGACUAUCCCCGUGGGAACUAGCUUCAUGACUGAUGACCAGUGGUGUGGCUGGUGGCCAGGACACAUAGCCGAGUGCAGAGUGAACUUUUAGCCACUCCCUAGAGCAGUGUGUGAUAUGGUAGUUCCAGUAAUCACCACACACACCACAGGGUGGGCACUUCUGCAAGUAGGUCACUUUGCUCAUUUUCGCUCUGUCAUCACACAUGGAAUUGUGGCGCUAUAGAGGUGGCAGUGACCAGAACAGAGUGGAAAAGAGACACCACACUCACCCCCCCCCCCCCCCAGCACAGUGGACUUGCCUCAUAACAUUGCACAUUCACAUUAAUCAGAAGGGAUAUCUGUGGGGGUUAUUCUUCCUCAAUGACGUAGACGUGUGUGUGGCGUACAGAAAGCUGCCAGAACGUAUGCUGCACCGCUAAUGCGCUAAUUAGCCUCUCAGCAGGAUCACUCGAUAACACACACACACAGUGUCAAUAUCUGCACUCCUCUGCCAAUACCAUCUCUUAUCCCUUCCUCCCUCUCUUUCCUCUUUCCAUUGUUCUCUCUUCCUCUCUCUGUUCCUCUGCGAUCAUACUAGUUCACAGUAGAAGUGCUAGUUGCCUACAUACAAUACAUUAAGCUACAUCAUCUUUUCCUUCUAUAAUAGUAAUUGCUGUUUGUUAAUAGGGCUGGGAAUUGCCAGGGACCUCACAAUAUGAUAUUACAAUACUUAGGUGCCGAUACGAUAUGUGUUGAGAUUCUCAUGAUUCUAUAUGUAUUGCGAACGAUACUGCGAUUUGAUGUUCCAAAAAUAUUGCUCACUAUGUCUGCUGCAGAGACACGAGAAAGCAUGAGAAAACGAGUUUUGAUCAGUCAGGGGAAGUAGAAGUGCUGAAAACAUGUUGGCUCACUAUAAACAAAAAUAGGGAGAACAAGUUAUAGGAUGAAAAUAGUCUUGACACAGGUACAGCCGACUAGCGCUAGCUAACACUACCUACAGUAGCAUGCAUAUAUAUGCUACCUAUAUACACACUCACUCACUCACUAAGUGUACAAAACAUGAACACCUUCCUAAUAUUGAGUUGAGCAGCCUCAAUUCGUCAGGGCAUGGACUCUACAAGGUGUCGAAAGCAUUCCACAGGGAUGCUGGCCCAUGUUGACUCCAAUGCUUCCCACAGUUGUCAAGUUGACUGGAUGUCCUUUGGGUGGUGGACCAUUUAUUGAUAUACACGGGAAACUGUUGAACAUAAAAAACCCAGCAGCGCUGCAGUUUUUGACACACUCACUGGAUUUAACAGGUGACAUCAAUACGGGAUCAUAGCUUUCACCUGGUCAGUCUGUCAUGGAAAGAGCAGGUGUUCCUAAAGUUUGUACAGUGUGUGUGUAUACAUGUAUAUACAUUCAUACAUACAUACUUACAGUACCAGUCAAACGUUUGGACACACCUACUCAUUCAAGGGGUUUUCUUUAUUUUUACUGUUUUCUACAUUGUAGAAUAAUAGUGAAGACAUCAAAACUAUGAAAUAACACAUAUGGAAUCAUGUAGUAACCAAAAAAUUGUUCAACAAAUCAAAAUAUGUUAUAUUUGAGAUUCUUCAAAUAGCCACACUUUGCCUUGAUGACAGCUUUGCACACUCUUGGCAUUUUCUCAAACAGCUUCACCUGGAAUGCUUUUCCAACAGUCUUGAUGGAGUUCCCACAUAUGCUGAGCACUUGUUGGCUGCUUUUCCUUCACUCUGCGGUCCUACUCAUCCCAAACUAUCCCAAUUGGGUUGAGGUCGGGGGAUUGUGGAGGACAGGUCAUCUGAUGCAGCACUCCAUCACUCUCUUUCUUGGUAAAAUAGCCCUUACCCAGCCUGGAGGUGUGUUGGGUCAUUGUCCUGUUGAAAAACAAAUGAUAGUCCCACUAAGCCCAAACCAGAUGGGAUGACGUAUCGCUGCAGAUUGCUAUGGUAGCCAUGCUGGUUAAAUGUGCCUUGAAUUCUAAAUAAAUCACAGACAGUGUCACCAACAUAGCACCCCCACACCAUAAUACCACCGUAAAUCCAUGCUUUACGGUGGGAACUACACAUGUGGAGAUCAUCCGUUCACCCACACCCCGUCUUACAAAGACAUGGCGGUUGGAACUAAAAAUCUCCAAUUUGGACUCCAGACCAAAGGACAAAUAUCCACCGUUCUAAUGUCCAUUGCUUGUGUUUCUUGGCUCAAGCAGGUCUCCUCCUUAUUGGUGUCCAUUAGUAGUGGUUUCUUUGCAGCAAUUUGACCAUGAAGGCCUGAUUCACACAGUCCCCUCUGAACAGUUGAUGUUGAGAUGUGUCUGUGACUUGAACUCUGAAGCAUUUAUUAGGGCUGCAAUUUCUGAGGCUGGUAACUCUAAUGAACUUAUCCUCUGCAGCAGAGGUAACUCUGGGUCUUCCAUUCCUGUGGCGGUCCUCAUGAGAUCCAGUUUCAUCAUAGCGCUUGAUGGUUUUUACGACUGCACUUGAAGAAACGUUCAAAGUUCUUGAAAUGUUCUGUAUUGACUGACCUUCAUGUCUUAAAGUAAUGAUGGACUGUAAUUUCUCUUUGCUUGUUUGAGCUGUUCUUGCCAUAAUAUGGACUUGGUCUUUUACCAAAUAGGGCUAUCUUCUGUAUACCCCUCUACCUUGUCACAACACAACUGAUUGGCUCAAACACAUUAAGAAGGAAAAAAAAUCCACAAAUUAACUUUUAAGAAGCCACACUUGUUAAUUGAAAUGCAUUCCAUGUGACUACCUCAUGAACUUUUGACUGGUAUUAUAUAUAGAUAUUUAUUUAUUUAUAUUAAAACAAAAUUACAAAUCGAUACUUGGAGUUAAAUAUCGACAUAAUGUCUAAAAAUAAGUGUGAUAUUUAACUAUUGUAUUUCCCCCCCCAUCACUAUUUGUUAAUCACACAAAUAUCCGUGGGCCUAGAACAUAAAUCACACACACACUAUCCGCUUAGAACAACUGAGCUGCAGCUGGCCUAUAAUGGUAAUCAGUCAGCUGAAAAGAACAUCAAUGUGUUAAAACAUUAGCUGGCUUUUCUAGCUUUGUGUGUGCAGGGUGAGCAGCCAAUCCGUUAGCUCUCUGAAUCAUCACCCACUCUAAGGCUUAAAUUGGCUAACUUAACAUUUGACAUUAAAAUAUGCUCUUUGUUAGCAGUAAAGAGAGCUGGCCUUGUCCGAUACUUUGCUAAAUCAUUUAUUAGCAUGCCUUCAGACAGUCCAAGGAUGUGUGAGUUUAUAUAUAGCUGUGCAUAUGUAGUGUGUGUCAUGAUCAUGAUGCUUUGAUACAGUUGUUCUAACAGAGGCUUUCUGAGUACUGUAAUAAGGCUGUUCAAGAGGGUUAGAGUUCAGAGAGAGAGAGGAUGGACAUAUUUUCUUUCAUCCUCCUCUUGUUGUCAUUCCAGAUUGCAAACUCACCAGCAGAGAGAGGGGAAAGCUGUGCUUCAGAGCAACACGAUGCAAACCCCUGCAAGGUAACAUGACAAGCAUGCAUUUCACACACACACACUACCAGCAAUAUCAGUCAAUAAGGAGAAUCUCUUUUCUGUCAUGCCUGUUUUCUCAGUUACCUCGAAGGCAGUAGAGAAAUACACCUUUGCAGACCUGAGCCUUGGGAAUGAACAGGUAUGUUUACCAAUACAAGAGGAGGAAACACAGUGUUAUCUGUGACUGUCAAUGCUGUCGUGUUAUUGCUGUGAAUGCAUUAUUUAACAAGAAAUCAAUACUAUCACCCUUUCCCUUCCUCUCUACGUAUGGUGUCUCCUCUCCUCAGAUCAUCACCUCCACCACUCCAUGUGCAGAUUUCUUCUUCCGGAGGUGUCAGCCCUUGGAGUCUCUUAGACUGCCCGUUGCCAUAGAGACACAGGGGAGACAUUCCAGGAGUCAAGGGGCGGGGCAUGGGGGCGGGGCCAAGGAUAUAACAGGCGUGGUCAGGAAGUGCAACGAGGUGGACCUCGACAUCAUUAUUCUCUGGAAGGUAAAACCACAGAAUUAAAGGGACACUUACUAUUACUACUUGUAUUACUAGUAGUAGUACGACUACAGAAUUUAAAUAGACUUCUAUUGCAAUUAAUACUAGUAUUGUACUAGCCAUUAGUAGCCAUAUAUAGGGCUGUAGUAUUACACUGAGUGUACAAAACAUUAGCAACACCUGCUCUUUCCAUGACAGACUGACCAGGUAAAUGAUCCCUUAUUGAUGUCACUUGUUAAAUCCACUUCAAUCAGUGUAGAUGAAGGGGAGGAGACAGGCUAAACAGGGCUUGACAUUAAUACUUGUCUGGCGACAUUAUUUGUAAGAUAUUACAAGUGUCCUCCCACUCUCUGCAGAGCGCAUCAGAGUAUAAUUAUUGUGGUGAUGCAUUGGCAGGCCUGAGCGGUCUUUCAAUCAUGCAGUUAAGAAAUUCGUUUUUGAGAUCAAAGCGAGCCUAGCCGAGUGUGCACAUCUGUUGAUAUUCAUUGCUAGUUGUGAGUUAUUUGCCCAGUUAUACACUACAUGACCAAAUGCAUGUGGACACCUGCUCGUCGAACAUCUCAUUCCAAAAUCAUGGGCAUUAAUAUGGAGUUGGUCCCACCUUUGCUGCUAUAACAGCCUCCACUCUUCUGGGAAGGCUUUCCAAUAGAUGUUGGAACAUUACUGCGGGGACUUGCUUCCAUUCAGCCAGGUCGGGCACUGAUGUUGGGCGAUUAAGCCUGGCUCGCAGUCGGCGUUCCAAUUCAUCCCAAAGGUGUUCGAUGGGGUUGAGGUCAGGGCUCUGUGUAGGUCAGUCAAGUUCUUCCACACCGAUCUUGACAAACAUUUCUAUAUGGACCUCACUUUGUGCAUGGGGGCAUUGUCAUGCUAUGGGGCCUAGCCCAAACCAUGAAAAACAGCCCUUGACCAUUAUUCCUCCUCCACCAAACUUUACAGUUGGCACUAUGCAUUGGGGCAGGUAGUGUUUUCCCGGGAUCCGCCAAACCCAGAAUCGUCUGUCGGACUGCCAGAUGAAGCGUGAUUCAUCACUUCUGAGAAUGCAUUUCCACUGCUCCAGAGUCCAAUGGUGGCGAGCUUUACACCAUUCCAACUGACUCUUGGCAUUGCAUAUGGUGAUCUUCGGCUUGUGUGCGGCUGCUCGGACAUGGAAACCCAUUUCAUGAAGCUCCCGACAAACAGUUCUUGUGCUGACGUUGCAUCCAUAGGCAGUAUGGAUCUCUGUAGUGAGUGUUGCAACUGAGGACAGACGAUUUUUAGGCGCUUCAGCACUCGCUGGUCCUGUUCUGUGAGCUUGUUUGGCCUACCACUUCGCGGCUGAGCCGUUGUUGCUCCUAGAUGUUUCCACUUCACAAUAACAGCACUUACAGUUGACCGGGCAGCUCUAGCAGGGCGAAAUUUGACGAAUUGACUGGUUGGAAAGGUGGCAUCCUAUGACUGCCAAUGUUUGUUUGUGGAGAUUGCAUGGCUGUGUGCCCUAUUUUAUACACCUGUCAGCAAUGGGUGUGGCUGAAAUAGCAGAAUCCACUUAUUUGAAGGGGUGUCCGUAUGUUUUUGUAUAUAGAUUUGCUACAGGCUGCCCAGCAAGAACAAGGCAAACGUGUCCAUAUCCAGAGUUUUAUUGGCUCAUGGUCACCACCACACAUUAGCAAACACAGACUAGAAGUGAUCUUCAUGUUACAAUUAGGAAUGGACUUGUGGUUCUGAAAGGUAAGAACCAAUAUAUCAUGUUGUAAGCUAUGCAAUAGGAAUAUCUACUCAGGAAAGAAUGGCAUAGCAUAUAUACAGGGAUAUUCACAUAACAGCAUACACAUUAACAGCAGUAUAUGUAUAAACAUCUCACAGGAGAGAGAACUUACUUGGACAUGCAAGAUUUAUGGCCCUUGCUCUCAGGACUGGUGGUGCGCUUAUCUGAUAUUUUUCUAUCACCAUAGAGUCAUAAAUCUUACUGUGCAUGCAGGGCCGAGGACAGACUCUGAAACUUCUAGAAUCUCUCACCAUGGCUUAAAGUUGCACUAAUCACGUCGCCAUUUCCUGGUUGCUAAAACUACAAUCGUUCGCCAAUUUUUUAUAUUUUUGUACUUUUACCCCUUUUUCUCCCCAAUUUUGUGAUAUCCAAUUGGUAGUUAGUCUUGUCCCAUCGCUGCAACUCCCCUACGGACUCAGGAAAGCCGAAGGUCGAGAGCCAUGCGUCCUCCGAAACACGACCCUGCCAAGCCCCACCACUGCUCGCUUAACCCGGAAGCCAGCCGCACCAUGUGUCGGAAGAAACACGGUACAACUGGCGACAGAAUAAAGCGUGCAUGGGCCCAGCCCACCACAAGGAGUCGCUAGAGCGCAAUAGCCAAACCCUCCCCUAACCCAGAUGCAUGGGCCAAUUGAGCGCCGCCUCAUGGGUCUCCCGGUCGCGGCCGGCUGCGACACAGCCUGGGAUCGAACCCGGGUCUGUAGUGACGCCUUAGACCGAUGCGCCACUCGGGAGGCCCUUAAUUUCAGUUUAUUUGACAAAACAAGCAAGUAUAGUGUAGAGAAUCAUUGUGCCAUCCAAACUGCUGUGAAAUACAUUUUCCAUAACCAAAGAUAGUGUAUUUUCAGCUGUUUGAAGCUGGUGUACAAAACAGAAGGUAAAACGCAAAAAUGUUACUUAAGAAUGGGAAGCAUAAAAAUAGCUCACAUAGAACAUAACUUUUUUUUCUAUGUGAAUUUGGUCGGGUCACCCAAAAAGUUACGUAUUGCAGCUUUUAACAGUAGUGCGAACUAUGAAAGCGCAGAGGUAAAGUGCGCAUAUAGGCUAUAGGAAUUAAACAUCUCUAAACAAGAACAUCUACUGCACAACACUCAUGCAUUCAAUGCAAUACAGGCACUUCUAAACAACAUGCACAUGGAGUAUCUGAAAUGGACAUAAGCUCCAGCAGUACUAUACAGCUACAGAUGUAACAAGGUAAUUAGGCCUAAGGGUAAUUGCUUGCAGUCUAUCAUAAUAACGUAGCAUUAACCCUCCCGACAAUAUACCCCACAACUCACUUGAUGCAUGCACAAUCUUCCUAGUAAACACAGUAAAAACUUGUUCUCCAGCCAAACUUUGCGUCAUCAUCGGCUGAAGACAAUAACCACUGAGCUAGAGUGGGAGGGGCCAGAGUCCAAAUGUCCAUUCGGGGACACCGAUUGGCUGAAACUAAGAGGCUGUGAUAGACAGCUGAGAAGGGGAGAAAUCACCCUAAUGGGACUGUUUGAAAAGUCAGGUGCACAGGCAUGGCCUUUUUUUACAUGCUCCAUUGUUCCAUUGUUGAAUUAUGCAUUAAUAAAGAGUACAUGCCUGGGGCGGCAGGAAGCUUAGUGGUUAAGAGCGUUGUGCCAGUAACCGAAAGGUCGCUGGUUCUAAUCCCCGAGCCGACUAGGUGAAAAAUCUGUCGAUGUGCCCUUGAGCAAAGCACUUAACCCUAAUUGCUCCUGUAAGUCGCUCUGGAUAAGAGCGUCUGCUAAAUGACUAAAAUGUAAAAUGUAAAUGUACAUUUUAUGUCAAGUUUUUGUUGAGCUGAUUGCUGAAGUUGUUUUUGCUGUUUUGCUAUUGGCAUCAGGUCAAUGAUGUUGCUAAUGUUUGUUUGUUUUGUUUACAGGCAUUUGUUGUUGAGGACAACAAGCAGGUGAUCCUAGAGGGACAGCUUCAUGUGGCUCUACAGACCAUUGACAAAGAGGCCUGCUCUUUGACACAGAAAGAGGUACACACAUUUAUUGAGAAACCAUUUUAAACAUUCAAUUCACCAUUUUGUUUCAACUGUGUAGUGUACACUACCGGUCAAACGUUUUAGAACACCUACUCAUUAAAGGGUUUUUCUUUAUUUGUACCAUUUUCUACAUUGUAGAAUAAUAGUGAAGACAUCAAAACUAUAAAAUAGCACAUAUGGAAUCAUGUCGUAACCAAAGAAGUGUUAAACAAAUCAAAAUAUAUUUUAUAUUUGAGAUUCUUCAAAUAGCCACCCUUUGCCUUGAUGACAACUUUGCACACUCUUGGCAUUCUCUCAACCAGCUUCAUGAGGUAGUCACCUGGAAUGCAUUUCAAUUAACAGGUGUGCCUUGUUAAAAGUUAAUUUGUGGAAUUUCUUUCCUUCUUAAUGCGUUUGAGCCAAUCAGUUGUGUUGUGACAAGGUAGAGGGGCUAUAAAGAAGAUAGCCCUAUUUGGUAAAAGACCAAGUCCAUAUUAUGGCAAGAACAGCUCAAAUAAGCAAAGAGAAAUGACAGUCCAUCAUUACUUUAAGACAUGAAGGUCAGUCAAUACAGAACUUUGAAAGUUUCUUCAAGUGCAGUCGUAAAAACCAUCAAGCGCUAUGAUGAAACUAGCUCUCAUGAGGACCGCCACAGGAAUGGAAGGCCCAAAGUUACCUCUGCUGCAGAGGAUAACUUCAUUAGAGUUACCAGCCUCAGAAAUUGCAGUCCAAAUAAAUUUCACAGAGUUCAAGUAACAGACACAUCUCAACAUCAACUGUUCAGAGGAGACUGUGUGAAUCAGGCCUUCAUGGUUGAAUUGCUGCAAAGAAACCACUACUAAUGGACACCAAUAAGAAGAAGAGACAUGCUUGGGCCAAGAAACACGAGCAAAGAAACCACUACUAAUGGACACCAAUAAGAAGAAGAGACAUGCUUGGGCCAAGAAACACGAGCAAUGGACAUUAGACCGGUGGAAAUUUGUCCUUUGGUCUGGAGUCCAAAUUUGAGAUUUUUAGUUCCAACCGACAUGUCUUUGUGAAACGCGGUGUGGGUGAACGGAUGAUCCCCGCAUGUGUAGUUCCCACCGUAAAGCAUGGAGGAGAUGGUGUUAUGGUGUGGGGGUGCUUUGCUGGUGACAAUGUCUGUGAUUUAUUUAGAAUUCAAGGCACACUUAACCAGCAUGGCUACCACAGCAUUCUUUUGCGAUACGCCAUCCAAUCUGGUUUGGGCUUAGUGGGACUAUCAUUUGUUUUUCAACAGGACAAUGACCCAACACACCUCCAGGCUAUGUAAGGGCUAUUUUACCAAGAAGGAGAGUGAUGGAGUGCUGCAUCAGAUGACCUGGCCUCCACAAUCCCCCGACCUUAAUAUGCCAUUUAGCAGACGCUUUUAUCCAAAGAGACUUAGUCAUGUGCGCAUGACCUCAACCAAAUUGAGAUGGUUUGGGAUGAGUCGGACCGCAGAGUGAAGGAAAAGCAGCCAACAAGUGCUCAGCAUAUGUGGGAACUCCUUCAAGACUGUUGGAAAAGCAUUCCAGGCGAAGGUUGUUGAGAGAAUGCCAAGAGUGUGCAAAGCUGUCAUCAAGGCAAAGGGUGGCUAUUUGAAGAAUAUAAAAUAUAAAAUGUAUUUUCAUUUGUUUAACACUUUUUUGGUUACUACAUGAUUCAACGUGUUAUUUCAUAGUUUUGAUGUCUUCACUAUUAUUCUACAAUGUAGAAAAUAGUGAAAAUAAAGAAAAACCCUUGAAUGAGUAGGUGUUCAAAAACGUUUGUCCGGUAGUGUACACACAAGCUGAAUAACUAUACACACUCCUGGACUCCUCUGCAUUGCGACAAAAGCACAAACAAAACAAAGCGAUCCUUCUUCUUGGAGAAUGCGCUAUCAUUCACUACCUAAAAGCCUCUAUAUCUCCCUGCCAAGGUCCAACAGGGCACUGAAUUCGACUUGGGCUAA